UGAUGGCAACGAUGGAGGUGGUGGUGGCGGAGGCCGAAUGGCCAUCUACUUCCAGGAAAACAAAUUUGACGGCGACUUUGAAUCCAGAGGAGGGUCAGGGGUCACGGAGCACGGCGCCUCGGGGACCAUCUAUCGGAAGAGGAUGGUUGAGGGCGACGAGCACAAGACGUUGCGAGUGUACAACCGGUUCAACAGCGCCCGGUCGCAGUCUCGUCGGACCUGGGUGACCCUCCCGCCUCACUCCGAUCCAGACCACGACAUCGACUUGCUAGACGUCGGCCAAUACGCUCACAUGGAGCUAGAAGCCGUUGACGAGGAAGGCAACCCAACGAGAGACAACGCGACCCGUGUGCUGCGCGUGGCACAGACAACCGGAGACUCGACAGCCACGGUUCACGCCGGGGAGUCGGACGAGUUGUACGUCGCAUUGAACGCGUCCAGGCACUUACCGUUCAAUUUGGUUCUCUAUGAGAAUGGAACAGCCUCCCUACCCGAAGACACAUUCCUCCAAUCAGUGGACUUCCUCCUCUACGCCGGUGAUCUGAUUGGCUUAUCAGAUUUGGAGAUCGGUCUCAACUCCCGCGUCACCUACCACCCCUCUGCCAGAAUCAACUCUGCCACCCAGAGCGAGGCUAACUUGCAUAGCCUCACUGUACUGAGUGGCGGUGUGAUGGAGUACACAGGAACUGCUGAGAGGGAUCAGGAACUCACCAUUAACCUGGCAGGGGAGUUCAACAUGCGGGCAGGGGCCUUGAUGACUGCAGAUAAACUUGACAUUUCAGCUGACAGCAUCACCAUCGAUCACGAGGCAACUCUCGAUGUGAGUGGGCGGGGCCACACCCCCGGGAAUGGCAUCAGUCCGGGUAUCCCACACUCCAACGGAGGAUCUGGUGCAUCCCACGGUGGCAGAGGUGGGAUGGGAGCCUACGUGUCCUACGCAAGUAAGGCCUACGGGAACGUUUUGAGACCCACGGAAUUUGGAAGCGGGGGAAGCACAGCCGGUAGUGGGAAUUCCUGCUCUGGGGGAGGUAUCGUACGUCUCCAAGCCCAGAACCACACCCUGAUCGAUGGAAAUAUUCUGGCAAGUGGUUCCCAUGCCAACGUCCUCAGAACAGGCGGCGCAAGUGGCGGCAGCAUUUGGAUUACGAGCAGCAGUGUCAGCGGGAGAGGCAAGCUGAUCGCCAACGGCGGUCACGCCACCUGCGUGCCGCACUGCAGCCAGUGCGAUUCGGAGAAGCGGUGUCUGCAGUGCACCGACGGGAAGUUCCUGCAGUUCUACAACUGCGUCGACCGCUGCCAAGAUAGCGACAAUGAGAGAUACCCUGGUUGGCCAUGGAGUCAUUAUCAAACGGGAAGAUAUUGUGCUUAUGAGUCUUCAACUGGCACUAGGGAGAUUGGUGGAGGGGGUGCAGGCGGUCGUAUCGCCAUCCACACCACCGAUUCCAAUCGCUUCGCUGGACGCAUGGAAGCCUUCGGCGGCAGAAGCCACAAGGAAACCGGUGGGCCGGGUACCAUCUACCUCUCAAACAUCACUCCCAACGAAACGACGCGAUCGUUGCUCAUCAGCAACGACAACCGUGGGCCGACACGGACCUAUCUACCCUCGAGCCAGCAGGACAGUUCGCGAGCAUACGUCAUCACGGACUCUAGUCACGGAGUGAGCGAGUACACAUUCGAGAGGGUCAAAAUUACCAACAGAGCUCACUUGGCAUUUGAGAGCUCCAUGAAUGGGCCUUUUGACGUGACGAUCGGGCAUUUGGACGGAGAUAGUAGCGGGGUGUUUCACCCAAACACCAAGUAUCCAAUCACGAUUCAGGAUUCUACGUCACCGUUUCCCGCAGGGUUCAGAGUGUACGCGGACACAUACGUCAGUUUUCCGAAAGUCACCAGACUAGAGAAUCUUCCAGUCAACCCAGUCUACAUUGAAGGCACAGUGGAUGGGGUACAAGACCUCACCAUCGGCCAGGGAAUGCACGUUUCUAUUGGAGAACAUGGAAAGUACUCAGGCCAACCGGACAAGUCCUUCACCCUCGACACCCUCCAAGUCCUACCCAACAGCCUACUCUCCUCUUUCUACCCUGAUGGCUUGACCUAUAACCCGUCCUUUGACACCCUGGAGCCAUCCCUGAGGCUGUCGCUCAGCAGUUUCUUAAAAAUCCACCCUGGAGGUUUAAUAAAGACCAACUAUCUGGAUGUAGUUGCUGAGGUUGAGGUGGAAAUUGACACAGCAGGUGUGAUCGAUACGUCAGGGCGAAGCCCAGACAUCGAACAUGGGGGCAUCGAUAGCGCAAACGGAGCAUCUGGGGGAGGAAAUGGUGGCAGCGGUGGUCAAGGCAACGGACAGACCAUCGUAGGACCCCCUAGAGGCUCUGCCCUAACCCCCACCAGCUUUGGCAGUGCUGGAGGUACGGGGAACAAAUCACCCUCCAGCCCAAACACAGCCGGCAGGGGCGGCGGCGUGAUACUGAUCACGGCCCCUGUGGUGGAGGUUGACGGGCAGUUGAAGUCUGACGGGACUGGCGCAAGUCAAUGGUUCAGCGGCGGUGGCAGCGGUGGGACCGUGUUUGUGGAAACUCAACAGCUGCGCGGACAAGGUCAAAUAUCUGUCAAGGGUGGCUCUGUCCCAUCCGUUUCCACUGGCAAGGAAGGCGGGGCCGGAGGGGGUGGUCGCAUCACCCUCCUGUACCACAACACCACGUACUCUGGUCAACUCGUAGCCCACGGUGGCUACAGUGUCUAUGAGCCGGGCGGAGCAGGGACUGUCAUCCGACACGACCAAACUACUGAAGACAUACGAAUUUACGUGGAUAACAACUUUGUUGGAAGACCGAGAGUUACUGAGGUUGACUAUCCAGGGCUGAUCGGUGUCCACAAGGGUCGUGAUAGUUGCAGGACGUGGCUUCUGCCUCGCACCGACGGGUCCGAAUACCAGUUCAGACAGGUCGACAUCCGGGGUCAAGCAGACCUGGCGUUGUUCAAAGCCACCCGGACCGACACGCAGACCGUGAUCCUUGAGAGUAACAGCGGGGAUAGCACAGGCUACUUCCAUGUCGGGCCUCUGCAGGUGCUGAAGAUAGACCUGCCCGCAGACAACCCAAGGCUGGCCUGGAACAUUCAACUCUACGAGAGGGGUGAGCUGGACAUGCCAGCGCACCUGGAGGUGCACGAUCUGACGUUGGUCUUGGAGGGCACCGUGACCGGCGUGAGGAACAUAUCCGUCGGGAAAGGCGGAGAGGUCCAUCUUACUCAUGUGACAAACGCCACAUACCACGUCUCGGAGACCAUCACCUUCGAUCAGUUUGUCGUUCACGGCGGCGGGAAGGUCUACAUCGAGGGCGGUGUCCAGGGACUGGAGUUGCUAGGCAACACGCUCCACCUGGAGAGUGGGGCCUACAUGAAGGCUGAUCGUCUGUUUGUCAACGUGACGGACAUGAUCGUUGAGGAACUCGCUACCCUGGAUCUGAGCUCAGCUUUGUCUGGCUACAAACACAGCGACAUCGGCCGCGGCUUCGGCAGUAGCGGCGCAGGUCACGGCGGCCAAGGAGGCAGGGGCCAAGGAUCACCGGGAGGUGGUCUCUUCUACGGCAACGUUCUGGAACCUCAACACUUUGGGAGCAGCGCGAGCAACGAUCAGGCCUACGGUGGUGGCAUACUGACAGUGCUUGCGGCAAGGGAGUUGAGAGUAGAUGGAACGAUUCGAGUGAAUGGCCAGAAUGGUCCAUCUGGUGGAGGCGGGGCAAGCGGGGGCAGUAUUCUGCUCAACACUCUCCACUUCACCGGCGGUGGCCUCAUUGAAGCAAACGGAGGUGCUGGUCAUGGUUCUGUCGGAGGUGGUGGUAGCGGUGGACGCAUAGGCUUGUAUUUUACUGAAGACAGCUUUACGGGACGCUUUACGGCCUACGGAGGAAGUUCAGGCUAUGAAGUCGGAGCAGCCGGAACUGUGUAUCGGGAGUCAAAGGUCAUGACCCCACGGUACCGGAGUCUGAUGGUGGACAACAACGGCCAGACGAUACGAGAGACAUCUAUUGGCAACUAUUACAAUCUUCGCAACGACGCUGGAGUUACUUGGGUCAACUCCAUUGCCGUAGGAGUCGAGUACAACUUUGAUGAGCUCACGCUGCGCGGGAACGCGCAUCUGGCAUUCGAGGCUCAAGCGGAAACCUACAUGCCGCGUUAUUUCGUCAUCCAGAAGCUCAUUGGCGAAGAGAGCCGCGACCAUAGCAGAUACGGCACGCUUCAUACGGGGCCGUAUCAAGAUGUGACGAUCUGGCAAGCUACGUACUAUCUGCCGCUCACGCUGCGAGUGUACGAACGCGGGUCCUUGAACCUCCCCGAUCGCGUCAUGCUGUUCCGCACCGCAAACGUCAUCGACGGCUCUCUAGGGGGCGCCGGAGACCUAUCCCUCGCACACUCCACUCUGAGCUUUGGAGCCUACUCUCAGUCCGUCGUGGAGGCCACCAGAACUGUUUUCAGUUUUAAGACCUUGCGAGUUCUGCCGGAGAGCACCGUCGAAUUCCGUGGCUGGGAUGGCGACUACGUGCUGAAACUGACAACACUGGAAGUCGGACCCAAUGCAAAGGUACUCGGUCGGAGGCUGAGAGUCAGUGCCGAGACCGUUACAUUGGCAGAGACUGCGUUGCUAAGUGUGGACUACGGUGGAUAUGACAACAACGGAAGAGGUAUCUACUUUGCCGGAGCUGGUGGCAGCCACGGGGCAAAGGGGGGCCUUGGUAGCAGCAGCCCAGACUCCAGUCCAAACUACGACUCUAUUUUCGCUCCCGUGGAAUUCGGCGAGGCUGGAGGCUGUGGAGAGCAGCGUUGCGAGGACGGUGGGGCACCGGCAGGUGGGGGCGCUCUACACAUCCAGUCAACCGUCUUGGAGAACCACGGAACCAUCAGCGCAAGAGGUCAGAAUGCUGCCAGUGUGCCCUCUUAUGAGAGAUCAGGAGGUGGUGCUGGGGGAAGUGUCUGGAUACAAGUCGAGUCCAUCAAGUCAACAGGAGUCAUUGAGGCCAGCGGUGGCCACGGCGAUGGGACCGUCGGAGGCGGGGGAGCUGGUGGCAUCAUCUCUGUCUAUUACGACGAUGAACUGAUCACUAAUCCUCCAGUAGCAUGUGGAGGGUCAGGGUACCAGGCAGGGGGUGCUGGGGUUGUUUACCUGGAGCGCCUCAAAGAGGGACAGCUUUAUCGAAAAAUAAGAAUCGACAACUGUGGAUUAGACUCUCCACAAGAAGCUGUUGUUGACCUACCCCUAGAUACCACCCUUUUCAGCCUCCACGAACUCGAGAUAAGAGGCUCAGGAAGGCUUCUUUUGCCUGGGAGAAAAUCCAGCUACCCCUCUCUCUGUUUCCCUGUAGCCAUCCUGAAGGGCGAUCGCACGGGAUGGUUUACUGUCAGUAGUCAAAUUCGAGCCCACUUGGGCAUCUGUGGAUGUCCUAUCUGUCAUGUCGAGGAGCCUAGCCCUGACAUUGAUCUCGUCUUCAGUAUCGCUGUCGAAGAUGGUGGCUACCUGAAGCUUCCAAGUGAGGUGAUUCUUCGCAACGGAGUAACCUUAGACCUUUGCGGCAGCCUGGAUGUGACUGAAGAGGGUGCAAUCAGUAUUCGGGACCGAGGAACCUUCUUGGCAAGCUACCCAGCAAGAACUGGAGAUGCUGAUGCCACGGCGGGCACUUUAAAAAUAGAAGCUAUCAAGAUCUUCAAAGGUGGUCUGAUGAAAAAAUCGACACAUUGCCCAAAUCCUGACAGCAUCCCUGUAUCACUUAAUGUCACUACCCUUCAAAAAUCCUGGAUGGGUACUUAUCUUGGCGAUGGAUUUGUCAUCCCUCCCAGUACACAUGUUAAAGUGGAUAGCGCCCAAGGCUUAUUGCCCAGCCUGGUUUGUCCGGAAGGAAUUGUGACUUUCUAUAACGUUACAGAGGAUGAUGACUUGUGCGUAGGCGGUUUGGUAGUAUCCUUUGACAAUACUGCAAAUGUCACUGUUUGCGAUUACAACAGCCUCCACUUGACAGCUGGCCAAAGCUGCGAGCUUAAUCCUGGAGGGCAUAUAUACGAAUCCUUGAUCCUUGAAGGAGGUUCUGAAAUUGUAGUUGUCGGACAAGAAUAUGGCUCGAGCCUAACACAGUUGAGUGUUUCAGAUCUCACAAUCAACUAUGGUGGAGUGAUAAGUGGUACUGCUAGCGGAUUUGUGAAUGGUGGGCUAGGACAGGGGACAGGGAGUAGCGGGGGAAGCCAUGGUGGAGUAGGAGGUGGCGCAGAUGCUGGGGCAACUUACGGAAGUGUGAAAGACCCAGUUGCUUAUGGUAGUAGUGGCUCAAACAGCCGAGGGGGCGGGCAACUUCAGAUUACGGCGAGCCGAGACUUCCAUCACGAUGGCAUCCUUGAUGUGUCAGGAGGAGAUGGUAUUGGUGGAGGAAGCGGUGGGAGCAUAUACAUCCAAGCUGGGUCCUUCUCAGGAUAUGGAGAGAUUGUAGCUGAUGGAGGUGCUGGAUCUACAUCUGGAGGUGGAGGCGGUAGAGUAGCAUUGGAUGUGCUUGGCCAGUAUAGUUACCAAGGCCUGUUACAUGCUGAUGGUGGCAGUGGUGGCAUCAGGGGCUCUUCGGGCACUGUCUUCAUACAACGUCCAAUUGAUGGCAGCCUGUUUAUGACUUUGGUCAUCUCUGGACAGUCACCUCAGCCAACGUUGACACCUUCACUAACACUGACCGAGUUGGAUGAAUUACACAUAAAAGACUCUGGUAUUUUCGGGCUCGCCUCUGAUCUUAACGUUGCUACAUUGGUUUGCGAUGGCACAGGAAAGGUUGUUUUGAUGGAUGGAGCUUUGCUAGAAGUCCAAAAAGUACAUAACCCUCUUCUUGGGACUCGGUGCAAAUUGGAGGUGCAGGAUGGUGCUCAGUUUGUUACAUAUUCGGAUCUCUUCUUGACAGGAGCUAGUGGGCCAUUGCUUGAUCUUCAGGGAAAUUUGACAGCAAAGUCUCUCACAAUCCAAGAAAAUGGAGAAGUUGAAAUAAGUGGAAAUGGUAAAUUGAUGACCUCUGAAAUCUCUGUUCACAAGUCAGCCCAACUGAGUAUCUCUGCAGGUUGGAUUGGAAGAAGCCCAGCAUUCAGUACUGUCCACUUAGACACUUUGUCUCUUGGACCGGAAUCCAGUUUUCAACUUCAGUCGCAAACUGACCUCAAGAUUGGCAUCCUGAACCUUCAGUACAGAUCAUCUCUCACCAGUUCUGCAUCACUGAACAUUACAACAAACACCACAAGCAUUGAGAGCAGUGCAGUUCUGUCUGUGGACAACGGAGGGUUAGUUGACGGACCGGGAAGUCCGGGUCAACCAACUUGUGGAGCGAGUCAUGGCGGACAGGGAGGCUGUGGGUCAGUCAAGGCAUCCACGUACGACUCGUAUUUUCACCCCGAAUCUCCUGGCAGUGGCAUUAGCAGUGGUGGACAGUCUGUUCAAGGAGGGGGUGUCAUAACCCUUACUGUAACAGAGUCUCUAGAAGUAGGAGGUACCAUAACUGCAAAUGGUGGAGGCAGCACCUCCCUAGGUGGUGCCUCUGGGGGUAGCAUCUACAUCAAUGUACCACACUUUGGAGGACAUGGGUUGUUAUCUGCUAAUGGUGGUGAUGGAGGUGCUUCGUGCUGUGGUGGAGGUGGAGGAGGACAGAUUGCCAUAAAUUCUCCAGACACUAGUGAGUUUGCCGGCUUUGUGACUGCCUAUGGAGGGCAUGGUUUGACCCAUGGGGCAGCUGGUACCAUCUUUGUGCAGACAAAUGAACAGGGAUUCCAGACGAAAUCGCUCACAGUCGAUAACCGUGACCUGGCUACAGACUGCUACACCGUAUUCCUGCCAGACACAGAUGAUCCAGAAGUCUCACUUGAUAAACUUGUUUUGAGAAAUUCGGGAAGGCUCCAGAUUGAUGGACCUGUGUCCCUCACUCUGAGCGACCUGGAUGGUGAUUUCAGUGGCAGCAUCCUGGUCCAGGCAAACCAGAGUCUCUCAGUGGCUACAAGGCAGGCUGUCACUAGCUACUACAUCCUACAGAGUGCCCUAGUGGUCCAGGAGGGAGGGGAGAUCAUCAUUCCAUCCAAUCUGUACUUGCAUCAAGUCACACAGGGUAAAUCUCUCCAUCUGUCAGGAUUGAUUACCGGAGUAAAGAAUCUCCUCAUUGGAUCCAAUGCCGAUGUUUUGAUCGAGUCAACUGCAAGCACUGCCUUCCUUUCUGGCAGACACUAUGUCUUCAAGGACCCACCAGGAACCUUCACCCUAGAUUCUCUACUUGUCCUUGGCUACGGAAGUCUCACAUUUGAAACGACCCUUGAUCUACCCACCUCCCUGAUUGUCUUAAAUGAGGUCCAUGUGAGAUACAAUGGGAUGUUGAAAGGAAAUUGGCUCCUCCUUGAGGCGAAUCAGGUGCAUGUUGAAUAUGGAGGGUCAAUUGCAAGUGAUGGCAUGGGAUACCAGGCCACUUUAGGUCUGGGUGCCGGUUCCAGCGAUUCAGCAGGUGGUGCUGGUGGAAGCCAUGGAGGGGUUGGAGGUCAAGGUUCAGGAGGCGCUCAACCAAUUCAGGACUCUUACGGCAGUCUCUAUGAAACUAGAGAUUUCGGAAGCGGUGGUGGCAACAGCAACUCCGGAACAGGUGGUUCAGGUGGAGGGAUAAUCAUAAUGGACGUCAAGACAUUCAGGCUGGAUGGUUCUGUGACCUCAACUGGAAGCCAGGGUAGCUGCAGUGGUGGCAGCGGUGGCGCAGUCCACAUUCAAAUUCUCCAAGAAUUUACAGGUGCCGGACGCGUCAUUGUUGCUGGGGGCAAUGCAGAGCAUGCUCAGUGCGGAGGAGGUGGUGGAGGCAGAGUCACCAUCAUUACGCAAGUGGAAUCACGUUUCACGGGGACGUACAUAGUCCACGGAGGUUCAUCCAGCAGCCCUUCCCGAGCAGGAGGCUCAGGCACUGCCUUCCUCAAGCAGAUCACUGGAGCCACUGACUUCACCAGACUCAUCAUUGAUAACGACUAUGCCGGCAUCACGUCCGCACAGCGUACGCUCCUGAAUGAGACGGAAAUCGAGGUGUACGACUUUGACGAGCUUCACGUCCUGAAGAACGUCAUCUUGGAGGUGGCUGGUCUUGACAGAUCGAUGACGGUGACAACACUUGUCGGGGACGUCACUAGCACCAUCAAAGUUCAUGACACGAUGACCAUGAGCGUUUCCGAGGGUCAGGCCGAAGUCAGUCUCACGUGCAGCUUCCAACUUGAUCCAGAUGGAGAGCUGAAGCUUCCUGCAAGGGUGUCAUUCUUUGGGCCAAACAACAUUCUGUCAGGGACCCUAACAAACAUCUUUGAAAUGGUGAUUGCCUCUCACCAGCAAGUAACCUUGUCGGCAGAGGGACGAACGGCACUCUUCAUCGAUGGCAGCUACACUUACAUAUCCGAGCGCGGUGCCUACAAGUUAGCCCUCCUGUCGGUCAACGAUUACGCAAGCUUAUCCUUUGGCGUAUCGCUGAAUAAGACCGCGAUCCAGCCCCUGUCGAUCGGAUCGUUGGACGUUGAAUUUAUGGGCGUCGUCAAUGCAGACACACUCCUCAUACAAGGGAACGAGGUUGUGUUGCAUGCGGGCAGUACCAUUCAGCUCUCUGGGGGUGGCAGUGCGGCUGGUGAGGGACCCGGAGCUGGAAAAUUGGUUGGCAGCAUCGGCACCGGGGCAGGUCACGGGGGUUACGGCGGGUCAGCCCUAGGUCAAACCGGGGGCUCUCCCUACCAAGCAACCUCGUAUCCGCUGGAUGGCGGGAGUGGCGGCGGGACGGGACAGACCGGGGAAGGAGGUCAUGGUGGGGGAUACAUGAGGCUGGAACUGAGUGGGGCAUUGUCACUAGAAGGGUCCAUCUUGGCUAACGGAAUGAGUGGCACAGGAAACAGCGGUGGUGGCAGCGGUGGUGGUGUCUACAUCUUGGCUCAGUCUCUCACCGGCCAUGGUCUCAUUGAAGCCAGCGGGGGCGACAGUCUGGGUCUCGGAGGUGGUGGAUCCGGAGGAAAGAUUGCCCUGUACCUCCAAAACAGCUUCGAUUUUGACGGCACACUACGAUCGCACGGCGGCCACAAUGCUGACAUUGACAGUAAUCAAGUCACGGGUGCAGCAGGAACCGUCUUCAUCCGGGAGCCUCUGAGUGGCUUCCCAACCAGUAGAGUUAUCAUUGAUGGAGGCAGGGCAUCAGAUCUACCGCGGCAGGCUAGAACGGUCUUGAUUCUAAAUCAGGAGGAAGAUGAUGUGGAUUACAGAUACGAGUCUCUCGUUUUGCAAGGCUAUUCGCAGCUAGAGUAUAACGGGACAGAAUCAACCCUCGAAGUCCAAGCAUUUGAAGGCGACAAAACAGGAACAUUGUACAUCCAGCACAACCAACUCCUGCUCGCAGAAAUUGUCAACGGGCGCAGCACGCACAUGACCACUCAUGUCAACAUGGAUGCUGGACCGAACGCAACCUUAGUCUUCCCGUCAAGCCUCUCGGUUGACCAGACUGAGUUGAUUGUCCGCGGUCAGUUUGAUGUUCAGAGAGUCUCCGUCGAGGAGAACAGCGUGUUCACCCUCACAGACACCAGUCUGACAGUCCGAAGAACCAGGAGCGGUUUCAUACCGACCAGUGAUCCCGGAGAGUACUUGUUCAGUUUGCUCGCCCUGAAACGAGGGUCGACAUUCUCGGUGGAAGGCGGCCUGGUCAUUACUGGAGGGUCAUUUGAGGUCAAAAGUGGAGUGACCCUCCAGUUUGAUUUCUUUGAUAUUUCGUCAGCGAUUGUGACUGUUGAGAGAGACGCUGUGCUGGAUGCUAGUGGAAUGUCUACUGAAGACCAUCCUAAUGCAGGUGAUUUUGCAGCAUGUGGAGGAGGUUCUUACGGAGGGCCAGGUGGGGUUGGACAAGAUACUGUUGCCUCUCAAGCAUUCCCAUCCUUCGGAUCGAUCUAUGAACCCUCUCAAUCAGGUACCCGUGGAGGUAACGGCGGAGCGGGAGGCUCCUAUGUGCAUCUGCAAUCACAGGAGAUUCGCACUGAUGGCAGCCUGUUGGCCAAUGGGAGCCCGGCCCCAUCAUCAAGUGCAGGUGGUGGCAGCGGUGGGAGCAUCUGGAUCACCGCCGGAGAGGACUUCCGUGGAACCGGCUUGAUAUCUGCUAGUGGAGGAGCUGGUGGGUCAAGAAAUUGUGGGAGUGGAGGUGGUGGUCGUAUCGCUGUGAAUGCUGACUCAACAGAACGUUUUGUCGGUCAGUUCAACGCUGGGGGAGGUACAGGCCAGUCCAGUGGUAAUGGUGGCCCUGGUACAAUCUAUUUCCAGGAAAUGAGGAAUGACGAAACCUUUGAGAAACUGAUGGUUGACAACAGGAAUGGACAGACCAAGUUGUACUUCACGUUGAGUGAAGAUUGGAAUGAGGGCGCAAUCGAUGAAAUUGAUCUGAGCGACAAGGUCCUUUUUCAACUCAAUCCAGAUGGCUUAAGGAGAUCAUUUGACAUGAAGAAGGUUGUUGGAGAUGGCUCCGCUUUGGUUCACAUUCACAAGAACCAGACGGUGAUAUUUGAGAGGGUCUUGGAGGCUAAUGAGACCAGUGGCAAGACUUACGUAAACAUCAAAGUUGAUGCUGAUGGAGAGGCCAUUAUGUCAUCCAGAACCCAGAUAGUUGGAAAAGGAACCACUCAUGUAGCUCUGGAACUUUAUGGAAGAUUAACAGGUGUCCAGGACCUUGUUUUAGCGGAUGACCGAAUAAUGAGGGUGUUUCCUACAGCAAAUGCUGUUGCUCUAGUUGGUGAUGAAAAUGGAAUUCUGGGCGAGUUCACAUUUGCUUCAGUGGAGAUGGCCAGUGGGAGUCGAUGGGAAUUUGCCAACAACAUGGGAGCUCGUCUGACUUUCGGGACCAUGGACGUUAAAUUCGGUGCUGGAAUCUGGGCAGAUUUUUUCCAAAUCACAGCCUUUGACCUGGAUGUAGAAGUUGGAGCUCUUCUGUCUUGCACUGGCACAGAUCGGCAUGGCUCAUCCAAUGUUGAUCAGCUGAUUGGGAGUGGAAAGACAGAAGGUGGGGUGGACUCCGGUGCUGGUCAUGGAAGCUUUGGUGGAGUUGGCAACUCUGUCUCAAAUGUAGGAGGACAACCUUAUGGAUCUUUGUACUACCCUACAGAGAAAGGAAGCAGGGGGACUAUCAGUGGAGGACGAGGAGGUGGGACUGUCUUCAUCAUCUCUGCAGAGAUGAUACUAGAUGGGGAAAUAACAGCAAGUGGUGGUGAUGGGGGGACUAGUCACAGAAGUGGUGGCAGCGGUGGGAGCAUCCUGGUUCAGCUGCAGACUUUUGAAGGCUAUGGCUUGCUUUCUGCAGAUGGUGGAGAUGGAUUUGGGAAUGGAGGUGGGGGAUCGGGAGGACGUAUUGCUGUUUAUACCAACCUCACCAGCCAGUAUGGUGGCCGGUAUUCAGCUUUAGGAGGUACAGCUUCCAGGCAAUCCUGGCUUCCUGCUGGGGGAGGUAGCGGCACGGUUUACUUGCAAGAGUUGAGGAAUGGUGUGCCAUUCAAGAGGCUCUUUAUUGACAACCAAAACAGACCCAUCACACAGUACGUCACUCUGAAUGAAACUGAUGCUGAAAGCUAUGAGUUUGAUGAGGUCCAUUUACCAAGGAAAUCCUCUCUGCAUGUCCAGAAAGAAGCUUCUAAUGUUCAGCUUGUGAUUCAUAAAGUUCUCGGAGACCGAACUGGACUUCUGCAUGCCCAUGCGACACAGCAAUUCAUCAUUGAGGUGGUUGAAAGUGUACCUACAGUCACAAAAGCCCCUGUGAAUUUCAUAAUUGACCAGGCAGCUGAGAUUGUCUUCCCUGCUACCUUGUAUGUGAUUGGGCUUGGCGUUCCAACAGAAAGAUCAGACGUAGCCUCUUUGGAGUAUGAUGGCCGAAUGACAAAUGUUGCCAACUUGAUCCUCAACCAGGCAACAACUGUUCAGAUAAUGCCCAAUGCUCACACUGCUGUCAUGGAAAAUGGGAGCUACAUAGAAAUUGGUGAACCAGGAAUCUUCCAAUUUGGAAGCCUGCUUCUCCUUACAGAAUCUACUCUGAAUUUUGCUCCAGACAUGGGUAUGAAGUUUCUCACAAGCGAGCUCCACAGCCGGUAUGCCUCAACUAUCUCUGCAGAACAUGCCGAGCUGAAGUCAUCCAGCUUGAACAUUGAGGAGGGUGCUUCGCUUACUUGCUCUGCCUCUGAUCGACCAGAUGAUACAACAUCGGAGCCUCGUGGGAAAGGCAGCCAGGCUUCUGGGAACAGCGGAGGUGGUGGUGGAGGACAUGCCAACAGAGGAGGGACAGGGUAUGAUAGUGCUGGCAAAGCUGUGGCUCCUGGUGGAGCAUCCUACGGAAGCCUUUACAAUGCAACCGAAAGGGGAAGUGAUGGAGGCUCGGGACCAAGUCAAGAUGGUGGGGAAGGUGCUGGGUACAUCAGCAUCAAGGUAGCAGGCAGGAUCCAGCUAGAUGGAACCAUCAAAACAGAUGGAUCUACAGCAUCUGCGGGGACACUGGGUGGAGGUGGAAGCGGUGGUUCUGUCAGAAUUGAGUCUUGGGAGCUAGAUGGUCAUGGUUUGGUGACAGCUCAUGGAGGAGACGGGGAUGGCCCUCGAUCCGGUGGUGGCUCUGGAGGGCGUCUUGCCAUCUACAUUGCAGGACACAACAACUUCCAAGGAUCCUACUCAGCGUAUGGAGGAGCCGGUGGAACUGCACUACCAACACCCCACGGGGAACCAGGUUCCAUUUACCUCCAAAACCUUCAAGAUGACCGACCUUAUGACCAACUCAUCAUUGACAACUCUGGCAGAUCCUGGAAUCAUUAUUUCACUUUAGACGAGCCCGAAACAUACAACUACACCUUCAAUGAGAUUCACAUGACUAGAAUGGCAUCACUUCAGAUGCUAUCAGACGGAAGAGAGAAGAGCCUAAAUGUUAAGACUCUAGAAGGAGAUCUAAGUGGGCUUCUUCAUAUGCAUUCCAACCACACCUACAGCAUUGAUGUCGAAGAGAACAGCAAAACAACCAUCAAAGCAGAGGUCAACCUACGCAUUGAUCCUGGCGCCAUCGCUGCCAUGGCAAGUACAGUUGACAUCAUUGGAACAGGCCAGCCGGCACUGCUCUGGAAUGGGCAGCUGCUCGGUGUUAGACACCUGCGAAUCGCCUACCAGCGUACUGUCGUGAUAGGAGCUGAUGCCCACACGGCACUGAUUGUCGACGGGACAUACGAGUACAUCGACGACCCUGGAACAUUCAGAUUUGCAAGUCUGGAGUUCGGUGCUCAGUCAUCCGUGGCCUUUCCUCCACCCCUUGGAAUUACAUUCAACGUGGGCUUUCUGGACAUGAAAUGGAGCUCCUCCUUCAGUGCGGAGUACUUUGAGAUCUAUGCCACAGAUUACUUCCUGGAACCUAGUGCUGCUCUGAUGUGCUCGGGGCGGGGCCCUGAAGAAGAUGGCCCCGGAACAGGAACAAGAGGCACUGGCGCUGGCCAUGCUACUGUAGGUGGAAAUGCACCUGAUGGAACUCCUGGUGGCACUGUUUACGGUUCCCUGUACGAACCGGUCAACGGAGGAAGCCGUGGAGGAGCUGCAUCCAACGGCAGCCCGGGACCUCGAGGUGGAGGUCGAGUACGCAUCAUCGUUGGUGCCAUCUUGAACUUGGACGGGAGAAUCUUGACGGAUGGACUCGACGGAAGCAACGGAGCAGGGGGAGGUAGUGGCGGCUCAGUAUGGGUGACAACAGGUCACUUCAGGGGUCACGGCGAGAUUUCCUCUUCUGGUGGACGUGGCCAUCUAACUUACGGUGGGGGUGCAGGUGGUCGUAUCGCCGUCCACAUCACGGAGGUGGACGAGUACCGCGGCGCCCUCACGGCCCUCGGCGCCGGCGGAACCACUCAAGGCGACUACGGUGGAUCGGGGACAGUCUAUGUGGAGCAGUUUGUCAACGGCACGUGGUACACCAGGCUUUAUUUGGACAACCAGAAUGUGAAUCCAGCAAAGGCUUUUGUUCUUGCCGAGAAGAACCCGAGAACGCUGAGGGAUGACUUGACAGAGCACAACUUUGCAGAUUAUGGACUGGAUGAGCUCAUGCUACAACGAAAGAUGCUCUUCCAAAUAGCACCAAGCAACGGCAAACCUAACCCCUCCGUCUCGGCCCAAACAAUCCUCGGAGAUCGCACGGGUCUCCUCCACAUUCAACCCAACCAGACAUUCUACAUCGAGUACUCCCAAGACGUAAACCGGCGCUCUGUCCCACCGGUAAACUUCCGCAUCGAAGAGAACGGGGAGAUAUUCCUCCCUGCCGACUUCCGAGUGAUCGGUAAUGACGACCCGCCGUUUUAUCUCGACGGGCGCAUGAGCGGGGUGUACAACUUCACCGUAGCGGAAGGGAAGGAGUUUGUCGUCGGUCCACAUGCUACCAACGCUCAGGUCAACAACGGAACGUAUGUGGAUGAACCAACACCAGGUGUUAUUCGACUCGGAGUUCUCAAACUGGAAGCCCGAUCCCAGCUUACCUACCCCAACCACAUGCAGCUAGACGUUAAUGACAUCCUCCUCCGUUACCAGUCUCUUGUCUCCGCCCAGUCCGUCAACAUCCGAGCCACCAAUGUCCACAUUGAGGGCGAGGCCGUGAUUGACACAGCCGGGCAGGGUCCUGGGGCAGAGUCUGGCGAAGGGGGCGGAGCCAGGCUGGAGGGCAGCUCCAUUGGUGUUGGAGGGGGUCAUGGUGGUUACGGCGGAGGAGCAGAUUUGCUGAACUACACUGCAGGUGCCCCGUAUGGCUCGUACACCAACUCCUUCCACACUGGAAGUGGUGGUGGUGGUUUAACCGGAGGUCCAGGCGGAAGCGUAAUCACAAUCCAUGUUGGUCACUCAUUCCAUCUGGAUGGUUACUUGCAAAACACCGGUGGCGACGCUAGUGGCGGGCAUGGCGGUGGUGGUAGCGGUGGUAGUGUGUACGUUACAACUGUCUUGUUCUCGGGGCACGGUGGCAUUUAUGUCAACGGUGGCAGCGGUUACGGGGAAGGCUUUGGCGGUGCGGGAGGGCGCAUUGCCGUGCACGUGUCAUGGCUGAGAGAAUAUGCGGGUGAUUUUGAUGCAUACGGUGGUCUUGGUGGCAGCUCACGCCCGAGUGCCAGUCCAGGGCACGCAGCUGGCGGGACUGUCUAUUACACAGAUACCAAUCGUGGUCUGCGAUUCCGUAAGGCUACUUUCAACGGGCACAAUGAAACUCUGUGGGUGGAUGGAUUCACCAAGCUCUACUUGGACAACCAAAACCGCAACGACUUCCUACCAACGGUGAUCGAAAAUGACAACGGGACGUUGUUUGAAUUCGAUGAGAUAGAGAUACACAACCAUGUUGUGCUCUGGUUGCAUGGAAAGGACUCAGAACUAAUCACGCACAAGUUCGUUGGUGACAGGACUGGCCAGAUGCACCUGAGGUACCACCAGAAGAUGUACUGCGAAGUUGUCGAAUCUCAGAGUGGAUUCACCAUCGCGCCGGUCAGCUACCGCAUCGACCGCAACACCGAGAUCAUCUUCCCAUCCACCCUCUUCCUUCUGGGAACAAGAACCUACAUCGAUGGUCUAGUUACGGGUGUCCACAACCUGUUUGUCACAGAAAGCUCCGUUGUGACUUUCACAUCGACGUCAAGAACGGCUCUGCUCAACAACGGGACCUAUGACUUCAUCACAUCCCCGGGAAACAUCACUUUCAGUCGGAUAACAGUCCAGAGGGGAUCAGUUAUGAUGCUGAGUGAAAUCGAAGACGAUCUCACUAUAACUGCCAGUGAUCUGAAGAUAAAGUUCAAUGGACUAAUCAACAUGAAUCGAGGAUUUAUUGAUACAGGAGAUGCUACCAUUGAGAGCGAGGGCAUCUUAAACUUAGACUUUACUGGAUAUCCUAGUGAAAGUGGUCCAGGUGCUGGAUGGACUUCAAAUGGGAUUGGCUAUGGUGCUGGUCAUGGGGGGUACGGUGGAGCACCUGAUCCUAAGACCGGAGGGGAACCGUACGGAUCCCUGUACGCCCCUUGGGAAAGGGGUAGUGGUGGCGGCAACGGAGGGGGCCUUGGUGGUAGUGGCGGAGGUGAACUCCUCUGGCAGAACGGAGCACUGAUUACCAUUGAUGGGUUUAUCAAUCUCAGAGGUCGGGCUGGCGCAAGCGGCAAUGCGGGCGGUGGCAGCGGCGGGAGCAUUCUGAUUGAGAGCACCGAUUUUGGAGGCCAUGGAGUUAUCAACGUGAAUGGAGGAAAUGCGGCACCACCAGCAAGCAGCCAGCUAGGUCAAGGAUUUGGAGGCUCUGGCGGCAGGAUUGCAAUCCAUGCCAAAUAUCACUACAAGUUUGCUGGGAGGCUGACUUCUGUAGGUGGUCAUGGCACAACAACAAAUUACGGAGCCGCUGGCACUGUUUACAAGGAGGAAACCAAUCGCGGACCCCAGUAUGCUGAACUCAAAUACGAUCCAGAUACCAAUGUCACGUCGGUUGUUGGAGAGCAUCGGUAUUUGUUUGUCGACAACAAUGACCAACACGUUCCCUGGAUUUUCACAAUGCUCAUGGAAGGUGAGAAAGACUUCUAUGAAUUGGAUGAAGCCCAUAUCACUCGACAUGCCAACAUCCGUAUCCACCAUCCACAAAGCUCGCCGAAUGUGACUGUCAUUGUCCAUAAGUUUCUGGGUGACAGAACUGGGCUCUUCCAUUUAAGAGAGGACCAGAUCAUUUAUGUUGAAGUUGUGGAAUCACAGACAAAUGAAACCUUUGCUCCUUGUAGUUACAAGAUUGACGAAGGUGCAGAGAUCGUCUUUCCGGCUUCCGUGGAUAUUCUAGGAACGAGGACAUGGCUAGCUGGCAGGAUCACAGGUGUGCAUCAUCUUGUAAUAGCCAGUGGGGGAGAUGUUGUCUUCUUCUCAACUGCACAGACAGCAUUGGUUGAAAAUAAGGAGUACACCCUCAUCACGAAGCCAGGAAACUUCAGUUUUGCAACUCUCACUAUUGAGCGCCAUUCCAAAGCUGAGUUCCAGCAGAUAACCCACCCCAUGAGUAUUAUUGUCAGUGAGUUCUGGGUCAAGUAUCAGGGAGAGGUGUACAUGAAUGAUGCUGAUAUAGAAUCCGCUGAUGCUUGGAUUGAAAGCCAGGGGAUAUUCCAUUUGGACGCAAGGGGCCAUCCUGCAGAGGAUGGUCCAGGAGGAGGGUUUACUACUCAGGAUGGGAUUGGGAUGGGAGCAGGGCAUGGCGGACAGGGAGGUGGGCCACCAUUCUAUGGUGGAACGCCUUAUGACUCAGUCUACACUCCUCGGGAAAAAGGUAGUGGUGGUGGAAAUGGCACAGGAGUUGGUGGUCGAGGAGGUGGCCUGCUGUGGUGGAGGAUUGGGCAGAAACUUGAACUGAAUGGAGAGCUGGCUUUGAGAGGUGGGGAUGGCAUCGGACAAGAUGCAGGAGGUGGUAGUGGAGGUGCUGCUCUAAUAGAGACAACAAACAUGACAGGACACGGAGUGAUUGCAGCCACAGGUGGCAACGGUGUUGGCAAGGGAGGAGGUGGAUCUGGUGGCAGGGUUGGGAUCCACUGUCGAUGGAGAUACCAAUAUGGAGGGGAGUUCUUGGACUUUGGAGGAGCUGGGGGUGAUGGCUAUGGCAACUCUCAUGGAGGUGCAGCAGGUACCGUUUACAAGGAAGAGAACCUCAGAGAAUUGGAGUACAGGCACAAGAAAUAUGACAAAGUCCACAACACCACAUUUUUGGAAGUUGACCACAAGUAUGUGCAUAUUGACAACAACGGGCGACCAGUUCCUCCAGCUACCAUGAUAUCAGAAGCAGAUACAAUUGAAUAUGAAUUUGAUGAGAUGGAGCUUAGCGGAGCAGCAAGGCUUUUACUCUACCAUCCAGACAAUGCAACAAGAGUUAACUUGACGGUUCACAGGUUCAUUGGUGAUAAGACAGGUCAGCUGCAUCUGAGAGUAAACCAGACUGCUUUCAUUGAGGUCUUAGAGUCGGUAACCAACAAGACCGAAGCACCUUGCAGCUAUAUUGUCGACGAAGGAUCUGAGAUUGUCUUUCCUGCCGAGGUUCACAUUCAUGGUACCAACAGCACCCUCGCUGGCUUCAUGGUUGGUGUCCACCACUUGUACGUUGAGGAUGGCGCCUGGAUUAAGUUCUUCUCCACUGCACAAACUGGCCGUUUAGAGAACAGGGCCUACGUAGACAUCACACCUCCUGGAAACUUCUCAUUUGGAACUGUGACCAUCAAGCUGGGAGGCCUAGUGGGCUUCCUGCGCAUUACCUCUACAAUGAGUCUGGAAUCUAGUGAGCUCCGUGUCAAAUACAGAGGAGAGAUGUACGUGAACCAUGCUGAAAUUCAUUCCACUUAUGCUUGGGUUGAGAGCGAGGGAGUCUUCCAUUUGGAUGGUCAUGGCUUUCCGGCUGAGGAAGGUCCUGGCUUUGGUUCAACGAUUUCUGGUGUUGGGUAUGGAGGAGCUCAUGGAGGGGAAGGAGGAGGGCAGAACAUCUCUCUGGUCAGUCAGCCAUAUGGGUCAGUUGUUACUGGACUUGAGCUUGGUAGUGGUGGGGGAAAUGGUGGAGGAGCCGGUGGCAGUGGUGGUGGGUUGCUGCACUGGAUUAUAAGCCAUUACUUGGAGCUCAAUGGUCUGCUUUCAGCAAAAGGAGCUCCCGGAGUUAAUGGCAAUGCAGGUGGUGGCAGUGGUGGCAGUGUAUUCCUGGAAACUACCAACAUGACUGGACAUGGAGAAAUUAAUGUCCGGGGUGAAGAUGGUUUUGGACAAGGAGGUGGUGGAUCAGGGGGAAGAGCUGCAAUACAUUGCCGCUGGCGCUACACGUAUGGAGGAAAGUACACUGACAGGGGUGGAAGUGGAGGGUCUGGUUAUCUCUUAGAUCAUGGAGCAGCAGCAGGCACAUCAUACAUUGAAGAGAACUUGCGUCCCCUGGAGUAUCGCAUCCGCAAGUAUCUGAAAUCGACCAACACCACUCUCCUGGAUGUUGAUCACAAGUACAUCCACAUAGACAACGAAGGCCUUUAUGUGCCAACAGCAACUGUGUUGAUUGAAGGUGACUCAAAAUCCUACGAGUUCAAUGAGAUGGAGCUGACGGGUGCCUCGAGGCUGUUGAUCUACCACCCACCACAGCAUGAGCACGUCAAUGUCACGGUGCACCGUUUCAUUGGAGACAAAACAGGCCAGUUGCAUCUUCGAGGUGAUCAGGCUGUGUAUGUUGAGGUGGUAGAGUCCCGAACAAAUAGGACCGAAGCACCUUGCAGUUUCUUGAUCGACUAUGGCUCUGAGAUUGUCCUCCCAUCGGAGGUCCACUUGCAUGGCACCCGGACAGAGCUUCAUGGUCUUGUAACUGGCAUACAUGAGCUUUUCAUUGAGGAUGAGGCUGAUGUGAUAUGUACAUCAACAUCGCAGACUGCUAUCGUUGAAAACCACGAAUACGUCCACAUUUCUGACAAGGGCAAUUUCUCAGUCCCAGAGUUGUUCAUUAAGUACGGAGGCACAAUCACUUUCCAACGGGUCCUUGAUGAUAUAAUCCUGAAUGUUGAUUUCCUAGAGAUCAAGUAUCGAGGAACACUUUUGAUGAAUCAUGGAUUGAUCGAGUCGGACCAUGCAGACUUGGAGAGUGAGGGUGACCUCUUACUUGAUGGGAAAGGUCAUCCAAGCAAUCACGGGCCAGGAGCUGGUAAGACGACUUCUACUGGGUAUGGCACAGGUGGAAGCCACGGUGGACAAGGUGGAUAUUUUGCUGGUGCAACAACAGGGAGCACGUAUGGAUCUGUGUACACACCUCUUGUUCUAGGUAGCGGUGGAGGAAGCAGUGUUGCUGGCUUGGGAGGAGCUGGUGGUGGAUUGCUGCACUGGAUCAUCGGGAAACUCAUCCACCUUAAUGGACUCGUAUCAGCAAGUAGUGUGAACAGUCUGAGCCUCGAUGCAGGUGGUGGCAGUGGCGGGAGUGUCCUGAUCGAGGCGACAAACAUCACAGGCCAUGGAGAGAUUCGUGUGAAUGGUGGGGGAGGAUUGCGUAGAGGAGCAGGUGGAGCUGGUGGGAGAAUAGGCAUCCAUAUUAGACAUCAAAACAACUAUGGUGGGCUCUUUGUUUCCAGAGGUGGUAUGUGUGGGAGUUCACACCCAGAUCCGUCACUUGGAAAUGGAGCUGCUGGUACGGUUUACAAGUACGAGUCUCGUCGCGGACCACAGUACAGGGAGUUGAAAUACUCAGCCAAAAACAUCACCGAGUUCAAGCCGGAACAUUCCAAGCUGAAGAUUGACAAUGGUGUGAUCGAGGUGGAUCAUCCUGCUGUGGUGAUGGAGGAGGAAACAAUCUUCUACGAAUUUGAUGAGCUGCAAAUCGAAGGGCACUCCUAUCUACACUUCUACCAUCCCCAGGAGGCCCACAACGUCACUGUGGUUGUCCAUGAGUUGACUGGCAACAAGCGGGGGCUGAUCCGUGUCCAGAAUCGCCAGCGGCUGUUCAUCCACAUUGUGGAGUCCACCCAUACCUACCUUGAUGCACCUUGUGGGUUCCACAUUGACUGGGGUGGGGAGGUCGUACUCCCGACAACUCUCAUUGUUCUCACUGAGGUCAUAAUCAUCGAAGGUCGCAUUACCGGGGUGGAAGAGCUCAUAAUUGAACGUGGGGGUGAAAUCCAGUUCCUUGGUAAAGCACACACAGCUCUUCUACCUGAGAAAUCACAAUGGUACGAGGAUACCCCUUACUUGGACCACACACCGGGGCUACUCGUAACACCAGAAGUAACAGUCAACAACUUGGGUGUCUUAAAGUUGAUCAUGGACCCAACCGAACCGGUGAUGGACGUUGGAGAACUGAUUGUGAAAUAUGGCGGUCGCCUAGAUCUGCGGACAAGGAGAGUGCAAAUUGAUGCUGGAAUAGUAAAUGUGGAGUAUACUGGUGUGGUUACCAGCGAUGGAAGUGGGUACCCUGCCCAGCAGGGUAGUGGAGCAGGGAGCAGCGGCACAAGCGGGGCCUCUGGUGCCGGGCAUGGAUCCAAAGGUGGUAAUGGUGGCGGACAGACAGGAGGAAGUGCCUAUGAUUCCCUGUACACGCCUGAUGAUAUCGGGAGUGGAGGGGGCGGGUCCGGUGGUGGCGCAGGAGGUGGAAGGCUCCACAUCAUAGCAGGACAGGACAUUGUUUGUAAUGGUCGCAUCUCGGCCAAUGGCCUGCCAGGAACCAGUCAGUCUUACAGCGGCGGCGGUAGUGGAGGAAGUCUGGUACUCGAUGCUGCUAACCUGAUUGGCCAUGGAAGUAUUUGGUGUGAUGGGGGAUCUGCCUACACUGCCACCAACUUUAAUAAUGGUGGUGGCAGUGGAGGUCAUAUUGCCGUCUACCUGACCAACCAAUUCAUGUUCCGGGGCCAGGUGCAUUCACUGGGUGGAUCAGGUGCAGCGCAUGGUGGGCCCGGUACCCUGUAUAAACGCAUCACUCUUGGUGACAGUUCUGAGCACUUCCUGGAGGUGGAUAAUUCAAAUUACCCCUCAAGUUUUGGAUGUGUUUCGCCAGUGGUUCUCGCCGAGGCUGGACUUACUGAUUAUGACUUCAACGGGAUAAACCUGAAACGAAAAGCUUGUGUCACAAUGUUGCAGAAUAAUGUUGCAUACACCUUGAAAGUUGGACAUGUGAUGGGCGACAAUUCAGGAUUCUUCUACAUCGGAACGAAUCACUUCGUGCAUAUUGAACCACAGCAAAAGCGCUCACGGGCACCCGUCAAUUUGAUCAUUGAGCCCAGUGGGACCUGUAUCCUGCCCUCAGAGUUUGUGGUCGUGGCCACAGUCCACACAAAGGGCGCCCUCUAUGGUUUAGAAAGGGCAAGGGUUAACGGCGAGCUGCUGUUGUACCGGUCAGGUUACUCUGCAUGCAGGAACUGCACCCUGGGUAGCCAUGAGAGAGGUCACUACUGGAUGGAUGCAAUGACAGUACACAAGUCUGGUACCCUGACUAUUGUGGCCAGCGGCGUGCGGAAUUUAAAUAGCGGCGCAUCCAGGCUGGUGCUGUCGGAGACAUUGGAUGUGGACUACGGGGGUCAUGUUCAGGUCAACGACGGUCUUGUUGUGUUCGCGCAUGAUGUGAAAGUUGAGAAGAGUGGCGUGGUGGAUGGCGACGGCAAAGGUUACGGGAGCGCGAGUGGCCCUGGAGCGGGGUCUACUUGUGGUGGGGCUGGUGGGGGUAGUGGGGCCGGCCAUGGUGGUAGAGGUGGAGGAGCAUAUUCCACCUACUAUAGUUCGAUUAACUCGUGCGACAAAGGAGGUGUGACAUAUGGCAGUGCUUGUCUACCAAGUGACGUCGGUAGUGGCGGUGGAAAUUGUAACCAUAAUCACAAAGGGGGUCCUGGUGGUGGCGUGGUUGAAAUCGUAUCCAGUCGGCUAAUGGCGAUGGAGGGGGAGGUGCACGUACAUGGGUCACGUUAUGAAGGAGCUGGUGGUGGUGGUGGCAGCGGUGGAUCGCUUUGGAUUGAUGGCUUCUUUGUCGAGGGCUGGGGAGUUCUUACCUCUGAUGGAGGGAGUGCUACUUCACAUUCUUGGAGACAAUCCAGUAAUACGUAUUACCAUUAUGGUGGUGGUGGAGGCGGUGGACGAAUAAGGACCUUCUCGCCAAACUCGCCUCAUGCCGUGGUUAUUGGUAGACGGAGAGCAUCUGGAGGCUCUCAUGGAUCUUACUCCGGUGAAGAUGGAACGCUUUGUGUCUCUGGGAAUGAGUGCAGUGGGCACGGUGUGUUGAGUGUAAGUGUCUGUAAUUGCCAUGCCGGGUAUGUUGGCAGUAACUGUCAAAUUCCAUGUGAUUCUGGGACAACCUGCAAUGCUCAGGGAGUUUGCACGGAGCUUGGUGGCUGCGAGUGCUUACCAGGGUUUGUAGGUUAUCGCUGUGAACAUCAGUGCGACCGGAACACGACGUGCAGUGGAAAUGGAGAAUGCACCCCGCACGGGGAUUGUGUGUGCGACUCGUGCCACCACGGACCAGGCUGCUCUUUGAUGUGCAAUGGCAAUGGUGUUUGCGAUAAUGGCGUCUGUCAAUGUGACUCGUGUUACAUUGGCGAGUAUUGUCACUCCCUGUGCAACCAUCACGGUGUGUGCAACGUCAACGGCUUGUGUGAUUGUGAGGAGAGUUGGCGAGGGGACUUCUGUACCAUUGCUGGUUGUCCGGGUGAAGAUGUUGAUUGCUCUGGACAUGGAGUGUGCAACUCUGCCAGCCAUCAGUGCUACUGUGAUCCUGGUUGGAAGAGCGCUGACUGUGCAAUGGCAGACUGUCCUGGUGAGCCAAACUGCUUCAACAGGGGCUUCUGCAAUGCAAGUGUCUUACCCCCACAGUGUCAGAAUUGCUCUAAAGGCUGGAUGGGGGCCGAUUGCAACGAGACAUGUCUCCACGGCAACCAGAUGCCCAUGGAUAGUGGAAUCUGCGAGUGCGACCCUUGCUGGACAGCAAAAGGAUGCAAUGUGGAGUGCUCCAGUCACGGAGUCUGCAGCUCAGAUAACACCACAUGCGAGUGUGAUCCAUUCCAGGGAUGGCGUGGAGAGGUUUGUGAGAUUCCAGGAUGUCCUGGAUUUGGAAAGGAUUGCACAGGACAUGGAGAUUGUAACAGUGCGACGCAUGAAUGCACCUGCUUCCCUGGAUGGACAGGGGUUGGCUGCCAUAUUCCAGACUGCCCUGGUGACCCCGACUGCUUCGAGCGCGGAUACUGCAAUGCUUCCUUAGACACCCCGCUUUGCCAGAACUGUUCACUGGGGUGGAUGGGUCUGGCUUGCGAUGAUCCUUGUGUGCAUGGUCUUCAAACCCCCAUGGAUAGUGGUUACUGUAACUGCUCGGCUGGUUGGAGCGGUGUCGGCUGUGACUCGGAGUGUUCCGAACAUGGAGUCAUUGUCAAUGAUGCCUGUGUUUGCGACUAUGCUACUGGGUGGAAGGGUGAGCUCUGUGAUGUACCAGGAUGCCCAGGCAAAUUCAAUCUCGAUUGCUCUGGUAGGGGUGACUGUGACAGCUCCUUGCAUAAGUGUGUAUGCGAUGAAGGAUGGACGGAUUUGGGUUGCGAGAUACCCGAUUGCCCCGGAGUCCCAGAUUGUGCCAAUCGCGGCUACUGCAAUGAAACAUUUAACCCUCCCCUUUGCACAAAUUGUACUCAAGGCUGGAUGGGGCCUGCUUGUGAAGACCCUUGUAUUCACGGUGUCCAAACCCCAAUGGACAGUGGCUUCUGUAAAUGUGAGCCUGGGUGGGCUGGAGCUGGAUGCGACGCGGAAUGCUCCCUUCAUGGAACCAUUGUCCAGGACGUCUGCGUAUGUGAGCCUAUUUGGACUGGUGAACUCUGCGACAUUCCAAGUUGUCCGGGCAUUUUCAACCUUCCCUGUAGUGGUAGAGGUGAAUGUAACAGUGCCACUCAUGUAUGCACGUGCAGCAACGGGUGGACUGGAGAUGGUUGUGAGCUUGCCGAUUGUCCAGGCAGUCCUGAUUGCUUCGAGCGUGGCUACUGUAAUGAGACUUUCGACCCACCGCGAUGCACCAACUGUUCACGGGGCUGGAUGGGUGUCGACUGUAACGAGCUGUGCACAUUCGGCAUCCAACAACCAAUGGACAGUGGUAUCUGCAUCUGUGAUCCUUGCUACUCUGGGAAGGGAUGCAACAGCGAAUGCACAGGCCAUGGCAAGUGUCAAAACGACAAAUGUGUUUGUGAUCCAGGAUGGCAUGAAGAGGUCUGUCAGAGGCCUGGAUGUCCCGGCAUCGGCUCUGACUGUACUGGGCAUGGCGAUUGCAACAGUGCCCUCCAUAAAUGUUACUGCAACCCAGGUUGGACUGGUGAUGGCUGCCACCUGCCUGAUUGUCCUGGAGAUCCCGACUGCACAGGCCGUGGCUUCUGCAAUUCCACCGAUCGUGACGUGCCUGUGUGCACCGACUGCAUCCAGGGUUGGAUGGGACCGGAAUGCAACGACCCUUGUACUCACGGCACCCAAGUGCCCAAAGACAGCGGCUUCUGCCAGUGCGAGCCGUGCUGGACUGGUGUCGGCUGCAACAGCGAGUGCUCGGGCAACGGGGUCUGCGACGAGAUGGGCCAACGCUGCCUGUGCUUCAACGAUGCCAACCAGGCCUUCCUAGGAGACAAAUGCGAAACGCUUGGUUGUCCUGGACUUGAUGGUGCUUGCAAUCAACACGGCACCUGUAAUGCCGUCACUCAAGAGUGCACCUGUUACCCAGGAUGGACAGGUCCUGAUUGUAGCAUUCCCGACUGCCCUGGAAUCCCGAGCUGUUCAGGACAUGGUUUGUGUUUGGGUGAGACCCCACGACGUUGCCAGUGUGAAUCAGACUGGGCAGGCGAGGUCUGCGACACGCCAUGCGAGUUUGGCUACAACUACGGCGACACACGCGGCUGCGUCUGCGAUGCCUGUUACACGGGCACUGGCUGUGACAGGGUUUGCUCUGGCCGCGGCAACUGCGUGAAUGAUCAGUGCCAGUGCAUCUUUGAGUCGGGCUACCGCGGCGACAGAUGUCAGAUCCCUGGAUGUCCUGGGGUCGGCGUGGAUUGCAGUAACCACGGGACGUGUAACUCGGCAACAUACGAGUGCCUCUGUGACCCUGGAUGGAAAGGUAUUGGAUGCCACAUACCCGACUGCCCCGGGGAACCAGACUGCAAUGGCCACGGAGACUGCCCCAUUCCACCAGAAGGCGAGGACCCAGUCUGUACCAACUGUGACAACACCUUUAUGGGCGAUGGUUGCGAACUCCGCUGCGUCUACGGCCAACCCGAGAAGCUCAACGGAACUUGGGAGUGCACGUGCUACCCCUGCUAUGCAGGACUCGCGUGUGACAGCUUCUGUAAUGGGCAGAGCACGACAUGUGCCGAUGGGGUGUGUGAUUGCGGUUUUGACGGCUGGCGCGGCGACACGUGCACUAUUCCCGGUUGUCCUGGACACGGCGAAGACUGUACUGGACAUGGGGAGUGUAACAGAGCAACUGGGGUGUGUUACUGCGUGAACGGCUGGGCGGGUAUCGGCUGCCAUGAGCCAGAUUGUCCCGGUACGCCUGAUUGCAAUGGGAGGGGCAUUUGCAUGGCAUUAUCACUUGGUUGUGAUGGAAGUGAUGAUUGCAUACCCGAAGAGUCUGUACCCGUCUGUCUCAACUGUGAUCGGGGAUGGAUGGGACCAGCUUGUGAGGUGCCUUGUAUCUUUGGAAGAGAGACUCCUCCAUAUUCCGGCUUCUGCAAGUGUGACCCGUGUUAUCAUGGCCCUCACUGCGACAUUCUCUGUUCGAACAUUGGCAAGUGUACCCCUGAUGGGAUCUGUUACUGCGGCUUUGAGGGUGGAAGAGGAGAGUUCUGUGACUCGCCUGGCUGUCCUGGGCUGUUUGACACUGACUGCUCUGGCCGGGGUACCUGUCUGUUUGAUGAGUGCGUUUGCAGGGAAGGGUGGACCGGGGAAGGUUGUGAAAUUCCAGUCUGCCCCGGUGAACCCAACUGUAACAACCGCGGCAACUGCACCGGUACUUCGACAAUGCUUGUGCCCGAAUGCCGCAACUGCAUUGCUGGCUGGAUGGGUGAGGCAUGCGAGGUACCAUGUGGCCCCGAAAACGGGUACCAGUAUCCCAUGGAUAGUGGUGUGUGCCUGUGCACCAGUGGCUGCUGGCACGGCAAAAGCUGCGACAUGAUGUGCAGCGGGCUGGGCACGUGCACCGUCGGUGACCAAUGCAAGUGCGAAGACGAUAACGGCUACAAUCCUGGUAGCUGGGGCGAGUUUUGUGAAAUUCGCGACUGCCCCGGAGUCGGGCACCCUUGCUCUCGCCACGGACUCUGCACGGUGGCACUAAAAUGCCUGUGCGACGACGGCUGGAUCGGAGAAGGGUGUCAGGUACCAGACUGCCCCGGGGAACCAGACUGCAACGGGAACGGCAUCUGCGAUGGGAGCGGGGAUAUUCCCGUGUGCAUGUGCGACACGUUUUGGAUCGGUGACGCUUGCGAGUUCCCCUGCGUCCACGGUUCUGAGCAGGCAGACGGGAGCUGCGCAUGCGACUUGUGCUACUCUGGACCGGGUUGCGACCGAGAAUGCGGGGGCCAUGGAUCAUGUACAAACGACACUUGUGUCUGUGAUUCUGCUUGGUGGGGUCCUGAGUGCACAUACAAAGGCUGCCCGGGUGUGGGAACCAACUGCACAAGUCAUGGAUACUGCAACGUGUUUGAUCAGCAAUGCUACUGUAAGAGUGGCUGGAAGGCUGCAGGAUGUGAGGUACCAGACUGUCCUGGUACGCCAGACUGCAGUAACAGAGGAACCUGUGACGGUGACAACUACGACCCGCCACGCUGCGUCGACUGCAUCCACGGUUGGAUGGGAGAGAAGUGCGAGAUACCCUGCACGUAUGGGGAGCAGGAACCAGCUAACAGUGGCUUCUGCGCAUGCUAUGACUGCUACACUGGUACCAGCUGCGACGUGGAGUGUUCGGAGCAUGGGAGCUGCAACGGAACCCAUUGUGUUUGCCAGGACGGUUAUAAAGGUGAAUACUGUGAGUACCUGGACUGUCCCGGUGAGCCAGAUUGUAGCGACUACGGCACAUGUGUCCGGCGGGACGGCCGCUCAGUGUGUCUCUGCAAUCCUGGAUUCACCACAGACGACUGCAGCCAGAUCUACUGUGCAGGGGAACCGGAGUGCAGCAACAGAGGGAACUGUACCCUAACUGGCGCGGCACCGCAGUGCGUGUGCUUCCACGGCUUCAACGGCGAGGCUUGCGAACGUUGCCUCCCACGCUACGAGGGCGACCAAUGCCAGAGGUGCACCCAGGGCUACAUCGGCUGGAACUCCAACUGCGCCACCCUGUGUCUUAACGGCUACGCCACGGAGCCCGGCGGGAGCGAGUGUGAGUGUUACGCGGAUGCGGAGUACGGACAUUGGACAGGAGCCAGCUGUGACGAGUGCAUCGAAGGAUGGGCCCUGCCAGACUGCAGAUCAUGUCUUGGAGGUUUUGUUGGUCUAGGCCACUGCUUCAGCUGCAUGACCGGCCACGGUGGCUACCGGGAUCCUGACGAUGGCGAAGGAGGUCUCGAACCCCUCCAACCCAUCCUAGAAUGUGUCUCCCCUGAGAAAAACGGUACUGGCUACAUCGCUUGGUUUGGCUACGAGAACCAGAACCCUCACAACGUGUACCUGGCGAUUGGUCCGGAUAAUCGGUUCGAGGUGUCAUCACUUGUCGAGGGGAGUGUAGCUGGGGAGAACAUGGGCCAGCCGACAAAAUUCAAACCCGGAAAUCACACAAAUGUCUUCAGCCUACGACUUUCAAGUGCCCAGGACAAAGCGACGUGGUACCUGGCCUACUCUCUGUCAAACAGGAGGUACCAGGUCUCUGCCUCGGCCAGCUUCCAGCUAUCAUGCACAGGAGAUGAGAUCUCAGAACAAGAUAGAAUCCAAGCCAAUGAGACAGAUCCUGGCUAUUGUGCAUGCAUCCAUGGCUACUGGGGCAAAAGCUGUGAAUUUGAGUGUAUCGGUGGUGCAGACAACCCCUGCUACGGUAAUGGUCUGUGCGACCCAUUCACCGGCAACUGCACAUGCAAUGCCGGCCUCCACCAAAGUGAGGACUGCAGGACUUGUGCAGAGGGGUGGAUCGGGGAAGACUGCUCAGUGGGGCUGAACCAGGUCCCGAAUGAGAAAGACGGGUACCACUAUGCUGCAGCUUACGGGCAGGGACACUUCACGACUUUUGACGGAGCAUCUUACAGAUACUACGGCGUUGGGGAGAAUCAGCUGAUAAAAGCACCGGAUUUGGAUGUUCAGCUUCGAAUGGUGCCUUGUCUGCCUGACUCACAGGCUACUUGCAUCAAUGCUUUUGCCUUAAAAACCCAAGAGAAGGUGGUUACCAUACAUGGAGGCUACACAGAUGAGGAGAGACAUGGUUAUGUAUGGAUUAAUAAAAAGCAGUACAAACCUGGCUUUCCCUCUGCAAUUACAUCCACAUGUUGGUUAACAAGGGAAGCAUACGACCACUACCGUUUGUAUAUCACCAACGAGUGGUACAUCAACAUCUAUGUCCGUGGAAGAUACUUGGACAUAAAGAUUGAGGCAAUUCGUUCGACAUGUCAGAGCAUGCAAGGCUUGCUGGGUGCAUGUAACGGACAUCAACUGGAUGAUUUUGUGACAAGAGAUGGCACAGUGAUAACCGUUGGAGAAAAUGCAACAGUCAUUCUCAACCAGAACAACAUUCAUAACAUCUUUGGAGCUUCUUGGGUUACAGUCUCUAAUUCAUCCCUGUUUGUGUACAGCUUUGGCAACUACAAAGAAAUCCAAGAUAUCAAGAACUCCGAUGCCAUCUAUUGUCUGCAGUUUGAAGACUCUGUCGCUGAAUCAGGCCAGCUGAACACAUUCUCCGACUCAGACGUAACUCUUGAAUUUGACCUGAAACUGAGUCCUGGCGUCACAGGAUGCGGCACUAUUCUGUCUUAUGUUGGUAGUGAGACAUUCGCUCUGGCUUAUUGCGACACAGUUUUCAAGGUGCAGUACGGAAAUCAAGACUAUGCGACAAGCUUUGGUGUUGCGAGAGAUGUGUGGUAUCGUGUCGCCCUUGUCUGGCAGAAGUCUACCAAUCUCUUGCAGAUUUACUGCUAUGACCCUGCCGGGGACUUUGAGACUCAGAUUUUCAACUUUGGUAGUCCGAAUGUUCUUUCCCCUGGUGGGAAGCUGAUACUUGGCCAGUGGUACCCUCCUUCAGGAUUUGAAGGAAAGCGCCCGCAACGUGGAUUUUUCGGGCAGCUGGAUGAAGUGAAGAUCUGGAAGGCUUAUUUCCAGCAGUCAGAGCUGAAAGAGAGGGUUGGAAUGGCAACUGAUGUUGACGACACACAACUUGCAAGUUACUGGAGACUGAACGAGGGGCAGGGGUCAAAAUUCUAUGACGCUGUCUCAUCAGGACAUUUCACUAUGCAGCAGAAGCCAUGGAAUGCCCCGCAGUGGGUCUACUCAUCAGCUGUAGUGCGGAUAGAACAGAAUGUAGGAAACAUUUAUGUAAUGCCCAACAGUGACACUCCUGACUGGCGACAAGCAGAGAACUUCUGUGAUGGCUUCCUUCUGGCAGCUUCCUUCAGUGAAUGUCAUCAGAUGGGGUUAACUGACUUCUACCAAUUUAUGUGUAUUCAGGAUGCCAUUCUCAGCAAAGAUCUGGACUCGGUCAUGGAAAUUGUUCUCGCUUAUGCAGAUCAGUGUCAACACACCCUCGGUACUCAAUCUUACCCAGCGCAGCUGUUUUGUAACAACUUUCCUACACGGCAUUUCCCCAACUGGAUUGGACCAGAAUGUGACACUGAGUGCGUAUCCGGAUACCCAGUCUUGAAACCUGAUUCCAAUGUCACAUGUGAGUGCGUUGACGGCUUCUGGGGCCCCGACUGCAACAACCAGUGUGAGGGUGGAGCAGGAACCCCCUGUGGUAACAAUGGUGUCUGCCUGAAAUCCUCCGGAACCUGUGAGUGUCCCAUCUACUACACGACUGAAUCAGACUGUUCAAUUUGUCAAGAGGGAUGGUCUGGUGUUGACUGCACCACUGCCGGUUUGGAAGAGCAGGCUGCUGAUGAUGGCAUAUUUGCUGCUGCAUCAGUUUUCAGCUAUGGACAUUACUUAAUGUUUGAUGGCACUGCCUACAACAUGGAGGGUCCGGGAGAAUUUACAUUAUCUGGUACCACAGAACAGUCAGUGUAUGUGCGGCAGGUUCCUUGUGGCGAGGGUGUAGUAUGCAUCACUGGAGUAUGGAUGCAGUUGCACCCGACAUCUCGUCGCAGAAGACGACAGAUCAGCGAUGACCUGAACCUGACUUUCAGAACACCCUUCGAAACAGGAUCAGACCACCUUGUCUUGGUCAACGGGGAGGUGUUAAACUACGUAGAACCAAUCCAGUUUGGGACAGGUCAUGUUAUGAUCAAGACCUCACCAGAUACCUAUGUCAUCUCUAAACAAGGAUCGAGUCAGGUGUCCAUAACAGUCCUUGACCGUUACAUCAACAUUCAGCUGACUGUCCAACAAGAUCUCUGCCAGAAUGUAGAGGGUACCCUCACAGGGAGCUGCGACAACAACACCGACAACAACUUCCAAAUUGGUCAAGAUGACUUUGUGCCACUUGUCAACAUCACCUAUGACAUCAUCAAUGGGCCUUUUGCAGAGUACUGCACUAUUCCACUGACAGAGCUGACACAGUUCAUAUAUGAAUAUGAAGACUACAAAGAGAGCCGGGAAAUCACCCCCUCUGGAAACUCACUCUUCUUCAAUGGCACUGCUUGUAUCAGUGAGCCAUUUAUGAGCAUCUUUGAAGUGGACUCUGACAUCACAAUCGAGUUUCUGUUCAAAGGAGAAGACCCGAGUUCCCGUGGAGGCACGCUCCUAUCAUACCUUGGUACCCACUCAUUUGCAAUUACCAAUGACUUGACGCUGAAGGUACACUACGCCAACCUGACCUUUGACACUGAAAUAGCAACAGAUACUGACGAAUGGGGAUUCUUAUCCUUGAUGUAUUACCACACCACAGGCCAUUGUUCACUCUACUAUGUCAACCAUGAUGGAGCCCUGGAAGCCUCUUCCUUUGAGCUUGCAAGAGGGAUUUUUGAAACAAGCGGCACCUUAGCUUUAGGCCGUUGGCAGCCAGGUCGCGACCCCACCUUGGAACAGCCUCCUUCAACCGAAUUUAACGGCUACAUGGAUGAGCUGCGCAUCUGGACCCAGACUUUUGACAUCUUAAGUCUGUGGCAGAAUGCCGAGCUCAAUGUGCAACCAGACGCACCCAACCUAGCCGGACUGUGGAAGAUGUCAGCUGGUCAUGGAAGCCUUGUUGAAGAUCUUGUUCAUCAGAAUCACCUCUACAUCCUUGAAGUUGGCGGGCCUGUCUGGUCACUCGUCGGGGCACCAUUAGAUCCAGCGCCAAAGUCUAGUGGUUACAACUACAUUGAGAAGGUCUACGAGAAAUUCACGUCUGACGAAGAGAGGCUUGCAGCAGAGGAGCAGUGCAAGGAGCUGUUUCUAGAAGGUCCACUUGCAUCAGAAUGUGAGGAUCUCGGACCAGCAUUUGGGACGUACUACUACCAAAUUUGCCUCAUGGAUUACGUGGUUGAUAAAGGGCUUUCCUACAGUGGGCCCACUGUUGAGGCCUUCUCCACAUUCUGCAAGGCAGCUCUAAAUUUGACAACCUCCCCUCUGGAUACACUGUGCCAGAACAUCACCAACUCGCAGCAGUUUAUUGAACUAGGCUGUGAGAAGCAAAUGUGCGUGUUCGGCACCAUCGAUUCAUUCAGUGGUGUCUGUAGGUGUGAUGCAGCACACUGGGGUGCUACAUGUUCUCUGACUUGCCCUGGUGGGCUAGUAACACCUUGCAACGGGCGGGGAACCUGCGUCCAAGACACAGGUCUCUGCAACUGUGAAACUACCUGGUCAGACGAAAGCAACUGCACUGAAUGCCGGCCAGGUUGGACUGGACCUGAUUGCUCAAUGAGCAGCACUGACAAAGAGCCAAAUGCCACCGUGCCGAUUUGUAACAUCUUCGGUCAAGGGCAUUUUCUCAAUUUUGAUGGCAUACAAUUUGACUUCAAGGAGUACGGGGAGUUUUAUCUCGCCCAAGAUCCAUCCUCUGACUUUGCCGUCCAAGUCAGGAUUCUGCCUUGUUAUGAUCAGUCAUCAUGUGUAACAGCGAUUGGAAUUCGCUACAGUGGGGAGACAGUUGUGUUAAGAUCAGGCUACAUCAGUGACAGUCAAGUGCUUCUGUGGCAUAAUGGACAAUCUGUAACUUACAGUGACAUUUCUGUGACAAUGCAGAAUUUUGUCUUUGAGCAUUUGUCAUCUUUGGAGUAUUCUAUCCAAAGUGGGCCAAGUCUUCAGUUCAGGCUUCGCAUUGUUGACCGCUCUCUCAAUGUACUGAUGAAGAUUCCACCAAGCUACUGCAGCCAAUCAGAAGGCAUCUGUGGAUCAUGCGAUGCAGAUACAACCAAUGAUAUUACAGAUCCCAAUUACAUCAGGGAUAAUGAGCUGUGGGUUGUACCAUCCAGUGAGAGUCUUUUCACACCCUUGUUUGGGAAAUUUGAAUACUUUGAGGAGAGAGAUCCAACUGGUUCUGAGUUCUGUCUUCAUCUCGAUAAUACCUAUCUCUCAUCAGAUGUCCUUAAUGAUGUAUUCACUGAUACCUCAGACAUCACCUUGGAGUUUUUUAUCAAAGCUGAUUCCAGUGACGGCAUAAUUAUAUCCUACAGUACCAAAUCAUCAUUUACUGUAUAUGUCCAGCGGGGAACCAUCAGAGUCUCAAUUGGAAGCAAAAACUUUGACACAGGCCUAAGCCCUGAAAUCAACAUUUGGAACCAAGUGUCUGUUGUCUGGAAGAGAGCACUCUACCGAAUUGAGGUCUACCUCUUGCUGUCGGAUGGGAGUAUCCUCCAAGCUGCGCACACCUUCCAAGUAAGAUAUGAUCUCUUCAUCCCUGGAGGAAGGCUUGUGAUUGGUGGAUGGCAGCCGGGUACCAUUGACUGGUCAUCUCCUCCGCUGUUAAGACCAUUAACUUGUGGUUUUGAUGAGCUGCGAAUAUGGCACAAGGCCCUGACAGUUUUUGACAUCCAGUUCUAUCGGGGAAUGAACAUCCAACCAGGACAUCAGCAUGUCUUUGGCUUGUGGAAGUUCAAUGAAGGACAAGGAGAAACAGUCUACGAUCUGAUUCAUCACUCGCAUUUCCGUUUCUCAACGCAAUCAUGGGUUGUGCAUCUACCGACUUGGCGAUUCUCUUAUAUCAAAAUCCAACCUCUGCCACCACAUUACACCUACACCUUCCAAGAUGUAGAUUUUGAGAUCUACGUCAGACGCACAUGUGUUGAGGUUGUUCAAUCUUCUUCAAUCCUGAGCCAGUGUGGACAGCUGGAUUCUUCCAACUUUGAGUUCUACUUGGUGUCCUGCAUUAGGGAUUAUGGUCUGGCAAGAAGUCAGUACUCGGCUCUUUCUGCAUCUUUAGCUGUAGCUGAUUUCUGUUCCAUUAGGCUGGACAUCCCGUCUGAAAACUGGCCAGCACAUUCAUUGUGCAACUACUUUGAGGGAAUCCCAUUUCCAGUUUGGUUUGGACAGUCGUGCAGUAGUCAGUGCUACUUCACAAGCCAAAGGCUUACAAACAGCUCAGCACCACUUGAGCAGUGCCUCUGUAACAACGGAUAUUGGGGAAGCAGAUGUGAUUCGGUCUGCUUGGGAGGGUUUCUGAGUCCUUGUAGCAGUCGUGGCUCGUGCUCCCCAGAUACGGGUGCUUGCCGCUGUGAGACGAACUGGGAUGGAGACACAGGAUGCGGUACCUGCUCCUCAGGAUGGGAAGGCUCAGAUUGCUCCCUGCCAGUGGUUGAGACACCCCCUGCAGCAGUCGUCCAUCGUUGUACUGUCUUCAGCAGUGGUUUCUACACACUCUUUGAUGGAUCCAGUGUUGUCUUCUCUGAUAUCGGAGACUUCACGUUUUACGAGAGUGGCGAUUUGACCCUACAGAUCCGACAGGGACCCUGCCUCAACAAAAAGUCUUGCAUCACAGCCCUUGCCUUCCAAGUUGACGAAGAGGUACUUAUUAUCAAUGCCCCAUCUGCUCAGACUGAUGAGCCUCUGGUGUUACUCAACAACGAAACUGUCACUCUGGGUUCAAAUCUGACAUUUGGAGCUUCUGAGUAUUACCGCCUCACUCGCAUACAGCUUGGACGAUUUGACAUCACCGGUCCGAAUGAUCUACUUAUUGUUCUUGAUAUAGCAGGUGUCUACAUCAACAUGGAAUUUGAGAUUCACCAAGCCGCCUGUGAAGGUGUUCUUGGGUUAUGCGGACCAUGUGUGCCAAGAGAAACUUCCUGUACAGUGAAUGAUAAUGAUCCCAUAUGUGCCAUGCAAAAUCUUGGUUUAAGCCUGUAUGCAGAACGUUUUACACUCACCUAUUCACUAACGUACCGAUUCUGUGUGGUUUUCCAACUUGAUGCAUCUGAAAGCCUUCUGUUUGUAGCCUUCCACGGUCGCACUUUUGUUGGUUAUCCAGUCGUACCAUAUCCUUCACCAGCUGGCUUCGGGCUCUUCUUCAAUGCUUCUGGGAUUGUUUCGAACCCCAUACCUGAGGCAAUCUUAACCUCUGAUCACCUCACAAUACAGUUUUAUGUUCAGUGCUCAGGAGACGCAUCAGGUACCCUGAUAUCAUUCACACAUCAUACGACCUUUGCCGUGACCAUAAUCAGUGGAUCGUUCCACUUACACUACGGGGAUGUAGUGAUCAACACUGGGAUUCAAGUCCCUGUUGACGUCUGGCUUCAGAUCUCGCUGGUCUACGAUCAGACCACCGGCAGACUUGGCUUCUACUGUGUUGACACAGCAAGGGUCAUCCAGUAUCGUUACUACGAAAUCGGACUCAGCAUAUUCACGCCCGGAUGCACUAUGGGGAUCGGAACGUGGCAGCUGCCAGUUGACGGAGCCAGUGUACCUCCAGAGGGUGUCUUUGUGGGAUACAUAGACACCAUUUGUAUCUGGGGUCAACCCUUCUCACCCACAGAUGUCAUCAACAGUUGGGGAUCACCUGGAGUCCGUUAUGACAAAACAGUUGUGGCACUCUGGCCUCUAGAUUUUGGGAUCGGCACAGUCGGCUAUGAUGUCAUCUCAGACAUUAACCUGGUAUUCCCUGUAAAUCCCCUUGUCUCUCCAUCCUGGUGGGUAUCUACUGCUCCCAUCUCUGAGAUAAUACCCGGAGGGGAAUUUACAAUCACUGUCACCUUCCCAACACCGGAACUUGAGGUGGAAGCACACAGACUAUGCACACAGCUCAUCUACUCGGGUCCAGUCGGCGAUCACUGCAGUACCCUUACAACCAGUGCUCAGUAUCAUUACAUUGCCUGCCUUCAAGACAUCGCGUCAACAUCUCAGCCACAGAAAAGCAGAGAUGCCAUCUUGUCAUUUGCAACCGAAUGCCAGGAGGUCUUGGAGCUUCCUGAUUGGCCAGGGAGACUCCUUUGCAACGACUUCCCGGGUGAAUCAUUCCCCAUCUGGGCUGGCACAGAUUGUACUGAGCGUUGCAUCUUCGGAACAUUCACAACAAGUUGCGUCUGCCACUAUGGAUACUGGGGUAUGGAAUGCGACCAAAUCUGUCCAGGGGGUGGGCCUAUUAACCCUUGCCACAGCAAUGGCAUCUGUGAUGUCAAAACAGGAACAUGUGAGUGCUUUGGCAACUGGAAUGGUGACAGGUAUUGUGGGACCUGCUCAGCAGGUUGGACCGGAGCUGAUUGUACCCUCCUUGUAGCAGAGCUUCCUCCAGGACGGGCCGAGGUAUCCUGCUCUGUGAGAUCCCAAGUGAUCACCAACUAUGCUGGGGUCAGCUUUGAGGUGUUGGAUGUUGGGUUUUACCAGCUCACAAAACUUGGAAAUGUGGAAAUACAGGUGAGUCAGGUAGUUUGCUCAGAAGGGUCUAUAUGUCUUGACGGUGUUGCGGUCAGCCUUUCUGAGCAGAAUGUAACCAUCCGGCACUUUGCUGCAAACUAUCACGCAAUCGUUCACGUUGAAGGCAAGGUGACAGUCCCAGAUGAACCAAUUGUAUUGACAGACGAAACAGGUGACAUGCUCACCCUGACGAGGCUUUCAUCCGAGACCUACAAGAUCAAAACAGAAAGGCUUGGCUUGUUUGUCCACAUCAACAUCAUGGAGACUCACAUUAUCGUGGAUAUUGCGAUACCAAGUGUUGUCUGCUGUAAUGAUGUGGCUCUCGGGCUCUGUGGUCCUUGUCUAGACUGUUUAGGACUCAUUCCCACUAUUCCCGAUGACAUGCCUGGCGUUGUCAUCCCGGAUCCGACUGGUGGACGAGAGGACAUGCAAGAGAGGGUUAGAAGAGUCAGGAUUCCCACAGGCCCUGCUGCUAUCUUCUCCAACGAUGAGACGCCUUACGAUCCAGAAUCCUAUGCUGGACACUGCCUUGCAUUCCGGGAAUCAGCCGUGGUCAUUGAGCACGUCCGCAUAUCUGUCGAACGUUACACCUGUGUGGAGUUUAUCAUCAGGACCUGUAAUGAAGGCUGUGGAGGUACCAUCUUCUCAUUUGCGGCAUCCAAGACAUUCUUCAUCACAACCAUCCACGGUUACAUCUCGAUUCACUACGGCAACUUCAACAUCACAACAGACCUCUACUUUGGCAUUGACGUCUGGAAUCUUGUCUCUUUGCUCUGGGACAGCCAUACUUUCACCCUGGAUGUGUACAUCUUUGAUUCAGAGGGCCUGCCUACAAGGAGGACCUACAUCUUGCCGUCCAACAUCUUCCCAACUGAUGGUAGUCUCUGUCUAGGAGCUUGGCAGCCAGGAUUUGAUGGAACAGGACUUGAACCUGGUGGGGCCUUUGUUGGAGUGAUAGAUGAUCUACGUAUUUGGGACAGUUUCUUUGAUAGCAAUGCCAUCCAGUCUCAUUGGAAUGCAUACAUAGAUCCCUCCGCCCCUGGACUGACAGGACUCUGGAAGUUUGAUGAAGGAGAAGGAACAAAGGCCUAUGAUGGAAUCUCAGGCCUUCCCAUCACUCUUACAAACUCAUCCUACCCAGCUCCAGUCUGGCAACUUUCGGAUGCACCUAUACCUGCUCCGAUCGAUGGAAGUAGUAGUGGAGAAGCAUCAGGACCCAGUGGUGGAGGUGGUGGAAGUGGUGGAGGAGGUGGCGGUGGAGGAGGUGGUGGAGGAGGAGAUGGUGGAGGUGGUGGAGGUAGCAGUGGAGGAGGUGGAUCAGAUGGAGGGGUUGAAGGUGGUUUGGGCGGUGGGGUGACACCUACUGUUCCUGACUGGUUAGAUGACUUCUGCAAGAGAGUGACCCUUUCGGGACCGCUGUACAAUUCCUGCCCUAUUGGUGAUGCCGCUCAACAGCGCUACUACCAAGCAUGUCUGCAAGCUGUUGCUGUUACCAACACUGUGGAACCAGCCCUGGAACCAGUCAUUGAGUUUGCUGAUUUCUGCGGAGUGGCUCUUGCUUUACCAGCCGGGCCUGCGCAACCACUGUGCAAUGAAUUUGGUGAUGCCGCAUUCCCCCUGUGGAUUGGUGACAGCUGUGACAUCCUAUGUGCCUUUGGGGCAAGUCAUCCAGAUGACAGGAACGCCUGUGUCUGCGACAGUGGUUACUGGGGCGUCAAUUGUGACGGUGUGUGUCCAGGAGGGUCAAGCAGCCCUUGUAGCUCCAACGGCAUCUGUGAUGCUCUGAGUGGCAUUUGCACCUGUUUUUCGAACUGGAAUGGUGCACCUGACUGCAGCCUUUGCACUCCUGGGUGGCUUGGGGCUGACUGUUCAACUGCAGUUGUACAAGUGAGUCUCCAAAUCAGAAUCCACUUACGUAUAUCUGUCAUAGUCGGCAUCUCCCAAGUAACCACUCUGAGUGGAUACACGUUCCUGCAUUACUCGGUGGGUCAGUACUAUCUUCUACGAGUCAUUGAUAACUCACUUGUCAUCCAGGCCAAGUACGUUCAUUGCUAUGGAGGCUAUUCUUGCAUCAGAUACCUUGGCCUGAGAUUUGGAGACUCGAUUUCAGGUUUUGCACAAGUGACAAUUGGAGGAGCUCACAUUUCUGGUGGACAUUUCGUCAUCUAUGUUAAUGGAGAGGAAGUCACAAUUGAUGGCACUUUAGAAUUUGGCCACUCGGGGUACGUGUUCACUCGUCUCUCAUACCUUGAGCUCUUGAUCACUGGACCCAGUGACUUAAGUAUAAUUGUGAGGGCAGAUGGGAAAUACCUUUCACUGGAUACAAGACUUCCCAGCAGUCUUUGCUCCAUAGCAACAGGAGUACUUGUUGGUGGCUGCUGCAACUCAACCAACACUGAUGAACCUGGCUUGUCUCUUCCAGUAGCUCCGCCAGAACUUGGACUUUGCAGGAAAAGUGAUCCGAUGCAAAUGCCAACGCCUUUGUUGCCUCAGAGUUACCAGUUUUCUACAAAUGACACCACAGAUGAAGCAUGUGACAGCAGUGCCGUGUCACCCUCAGACCAGGCCAUCAGAGAUUUCAUGGAGAGCUGGUUAGCAAGUGACUGUGACAAUGUAAUAACAUACCCAACUACAGCUUCUGCUCUCCAACUGUAUUCCAGCUAUUCUCUACAUUUCCAUUUGACUGUGAUUUACACGCGACAGGUGACAUUGUUUGUACAAGAAACCCAUGAUGUUACGUUUGAGCUACUGAUCAGAUGCCCAGAUGUUGUCACACACGGUGGUGUUGUGUUCUCCUACUCUCAUUACACAACAUUUGCCCUCAGUGUUGAGUCAACAGUCAGGAUAUACAUCGGGAAUGUAGUUUACGACACCAACCUGAUCGUACAAAAUGGACAGUGGAAUAAACUUGUGUUGGUUUAUGAAGGUGUCAAUGGGAAAUUAAACAUCUACCACUUUGAUUCCAAUGGUAAGGUUAAACGCGACCUACUCUCUGUCGAUGUGCAUUUGUUCCGCGUUGCUGGGUAUCUCUCUCUUGGUUCCUGGCAACCAGCUUGGAACUUAACAAGUCAGGUGCCACUGAGCUCAUACUCUGGCCAGAUUGAUGACUUCAGAGUCUGGAACCGGUAUCUGAGCCCCGCCGAGGUACCUGGUUUGUGGAGUAACAGACCGGGAACCGACAUACCAGGAUUGGUUCGAUACUGGCCGUUUGAUGAAGGUGAGGGUUUGUUUGCAGAAGACAUUAUCACUGGUGACCGACUCUACAUGCCAGACGAUCCAUGGCCUCAGCCCCUGUGGGUUGAUUCUGAUGGACCUGUUCCUGACGACGGCUUCAUUCCACCAAUUGAUCCGACUUUCGAUGAUGAUGACUUUGAAACUGAAACAAAGAACCUCUGUGAGCGUCUUCUACGUGCUCCACCAAUAUCAGAUUCCUGCAGUGACCUUGGAGAAGGCACCGUAGACAUGUACUUCAUUCUCUGUCUGCGAGAGAUCGCCGUUACACAAGAUCUUGGCCAGGCAUACAAAGUUGCAUUUGGUUACUCAGACAUUUGCCAGGCUGCCAAGAACCUGACCACCUGGCCAGCUUUGCCUCUUUGUAGUGAAGCCAAAAGUCUGAGAGCUGGUACCCAGUGCAAGGACGACUGUCUGUUUGGAGUCAAGCUGCCCUCUGGUGAUUGCUCUUGCUUGAGUGGCUUUCAUGGAGAGCAGUGUGACAGAGUCUGUCCGGGCGGAUCGGUCAAUCCAUGUAGCUCCCAUGGCAGCUGCCUUCUGUCUGGAUCAUGUGCCUGUGAUCUGAACUGGUCCGGACUAUCAGAUUGUGGGAUCUGUGCCCAAGGAUGGUACGGGCAUGACUGCACCAUUGCCACGACAUUCCAAGUUACCACCGUCAGACUGUACUACGCAUGCUUUGUCACUGUCUAUUCACAGUACACCUUAUUUGAUGGACUGAGCUUCUAUUUUGCAGCUGUAGGCGAGUUCUACCUGAUUCAGACCAGUAACUUUGUUGUUCAGAUUCGACAGGUUCCUUGCUACCACCAGUCCACCUGUGUCAAUGCAAUUGCUGUGCAGAUUGACAGCACUGUUGUUGUAAUACAUGCACCUUAUCAGAACAGCCAAUCUCCUGUGAUAUGGAUUGACAAAACCAAAUUUGAUUUUGCAAGCACUGUCCAUCAAAUCCCAAGCACCAACUGGGUAAUUGAACAGACAGAUGUGAACUAUCUGACUCUCUACUCAAGCACUGAGCAAGAAUUUCAGAUCAAGGUCCGAACCUUCAGUCUCUUCCUGCAAGUGAUGAUCUCAACACCACUGGAUGAAUGUCUCCAUUCGAGAGGUCUCUUAGGAAACUGUAACAACAAUCACACAGAUGAUCUCAAUGCAAACGACACUAAACCAUGGGAUGAGGUGUCACAGGAGGACAUAAACACCCUUAUUGCUGAUAUGUGGAGAGUUUCGACCUCAGAUUCUCUGUUCAUCCAUCAGUAUCAACACUAUGCAGAAACAGAAGUACCAACUGGAGCAAUCUUUGCCUUGGUGUUUGAGAACUCAGGUGGUAGAACAGAACCUCUGAAGAAUUUGUCAUCCGUCAUCUCUCAAACUGAACUGACCAUCGAGUUCUUGGUCAAGCCUUACUCUUACGGCGGGGUUAUCAUUGCAUUUGGAUCGGAAUCAACGUUUACUGUAAUCAACGAAGUCACCAUUAAAAUUGUCAUUGGUGUGGAGGUGUAUGAUACUGGUAUAACAAAUGACCUGGAUUCCUGGAACCAUAUCUCGAUUGUGUUCGAACGUGACAACAGUAGGCUGCAGUUUUAUCAUCGCAGUGCUGUUGGAGUUGUGAGCUCAUGCCAUUUCACAAUAAACCACUGGCUUUGGCUAGAAACAGGUGCAAUCCUAUCCAUCGGUCAGUGGCUGCCGACACCAGACAACCAAUCUUAUGUCCUGAACACCACCUUCCAUGGAGCCCUUGACGAGUUCCGGAUCUGGAGUGCCUCCUUUCUACCUGCCUUUGUUCAACUCAACGACGACACAAACGUUGAUGCGGUUACAUAUUCCGAUGCCCUUGCUGCUUUGUACAAGUUUGACAUUGGCCUUGGGAGUGUAAUUUCGGACCCUGUUUUCAAUAAUGAAAUCCUCACACCGUCCGGACCUUGGCAGAAACCAAUGUGGACAUAUUCUGAUGCGAACAUACCAGUAAAGUUUGCUGCUCCUUUUGAGGCUCUGUUUGGUAACAGCACUUUCCAACUUGAAUGCGACACAGUUUGUAGCAAGCUGAACAUCAGUGGCGGAGGACUACGUGAUGUUUGCUCUGAUUUGAGCCAGGCCAGCCUUGAUUUCUUCUAUCUGACAUGUUUGCGUAAUGCUGCUGCAGCAGGAACCACAGACAGCGCGUUUGCAACGCUUGCUGUGCUCACUGAGUACUGCCAAGUUAUCAGUGGAGCCAAAGUCAACACCAGUGUACUAUGUGAGGCCUUUUCAGAGAUGAUAAUUCCAAAGUGGCUGCUGGUGUCGUGCUCAAAUUGUGGAUUUGGGCUUCCUCUUCAAGAUGACCUCGACUCUUGCAUCUGCACAAAUGGAUAUUGGGGUACAUCAUGUACUGAAGUCUGUCCCGGUGGUGUCAUCACACCCUGUUACAAUCAUGGCAGCUGCAGCGAGAAUGGGGUCUGCUUGUGUGAGGUAAACUGGAGAGGUCAGCUGGACUGUAGCUUCUGCUCUCCUGACUGGCUUGGAGAUGACUGUGCCAUAGCAACCACAUCCUGGUACCAACAUUCAGUCGUGAACUUGAGAGUGUCUGCCGUUUUCAGUGCUGAAGGAAGGGUGGUGACCUUUGGUGGAGUAUCCAUCUAUAUACGUCAUGUUGGCAUGUACAACCUCAUCAAUCAUGCUACUAGCAGCCUGAAAAUAAAUCUUAGACUUUCUUGGUGUGCUACAGCUGACAGUUUCGCCACCUGUUUUGAUGCUAUUUCAAUCCACCAUCACUCUCAUGUUCUCAUCUUCCGUGCCUCGACAGAUCCCACAACUUUCUUUAAGCCACACAUCUGGUUUAAUGGGAGGAUAAUCCUUCUUGAUCACACAACUUCCAUCAGCAGUGAGAUUACCAUAAUCCGGAUUAACAUCAUCCAGUAUAAGAUCUAUGUCAGGACUCUGGACCUCUUUGUUCUGAUCACCAUACAUCCUCAUCAUUUGGGAAUCGGCAUCGACAUGCCCUCUGAUAUCUGCAAUGCCAUUGAGAGUGGUAUGGAGGGAUUGCUUGGAACUUGUGAGACUGUCAGCGACAUUGAGGACAUGGAGUGUUCAUCGGCUGCAACUGAUAGCCCAUCAGUUGAUGACAAAUUAACUUGUCAACAAAAUGCUUCCCAGGCGGCUGUUGACAAAUACACCAACAAAUUUCAAGAAGCUGCUCUCGGGAACACAAGCUAUGAGUAUUACCACCACCUGUUGCCAGUGCUCGGUGCCGGCUAUCAUCUCUACUUCACCGAUAGUGUUGUCAUUUCAGAGCCACUUAUCAGCUUCCCCUCUGAAAGGUUUACUCUGGAGCUAUUCAUUAAAGUCGAGAGGUACGGUGGCGUUGUACUUUCCUACUGCACAUCUAACAGUGUCGUUGCUCUGAUCAAUCUUGAAACAGGACUUGCCGUUUAUUUCGGAGAUCAUGUCCAUGGUUUGAACUUCCAUCUUGAUCUGCAGCAGUGGAUACAGGUAUCUCUUGUGUGGCAUCAAUCCACAGCCAUCUUAGAAGUGUACCUGUUUGACGUAUCUGGAGUCGCUCAGGUCCAGGCAGUUCAACUUACCAGCACUGCAUUUCAAAGUGGCGGACACCUUGCGCUGGGCCAGUGGUACUCGAUAACUCCGACACCUGUUCCUCCAUUACCUAAUGAUCCAUUUGUAGGUGCCAUUGACGAGAUAAGAAUCUGGGAUUGGAUAACAAAUCCAUCCCUCAUCACCUCAAACUGGAAACUGAAUGCGAGAGUAGAUACACCAGACCUGCAGAUGGUUUGGAAGCUGAAUGAAGGAUUUGGAGAUGCAGCUGUGGAUCUGAUCAGUGGCUUCAAGCUCCAGUUCCCUGAUUGGAACAGACCAUCUUGGAAAAUCACCAGUGAUGAUUAUCCAAUUCAAAUUGAUCAUCCUCUUGCUUAUCCAGACUUCAAGAAUGCCACCUUUGCUGCUCUAGCAACUUCAAAAUGUCAAGAAAUCUUCUUGAGUGGACACCUCCAUGACUCAAGCAAAGCUCUUGGAGUUGCUGUGAUUGACAUCUACUACAUUCAGUGUCUGCGAGACAUAGCAUUCCAUCAUGAUCUCAGUGCUGCUAUGGAGGCAACAGUUUCUCUCUCUGAUUUGGCCAAGAUUCAGUUACUCCUUGAGGAAUGGCCUGCUUGGUAUUUAUGCAACACCUUCCCGGGCUGGGACUUCCCAUUCUGGAUUGGUCCCAGCUGUGACAUUCCAUGCAUUUUUGGGCGGAGUAGUCUGCAAGAUGACACUCUCUGUGUUUGUGAACCAGGCUAUUGGGGAUCAGCAUGUGAUAAGGUGUGCCUAGGAGGAGCGCUGAGCCCUUGCAGUAACAAUGGCAACUGUAACGUGACAACUGGCCUGUGUGAGUGUCAUCCCCAUUGGCUUGGUUCAGAAGCACAAGUCAGAAACAUGAGCUAUGCCUGUUCAGACUGUUCACCUGGGUGGUUCGGAACCGAUUGUGUCAUAAGUACGAUCAACCAGGAGCAUACAAGAGGAAUUGCCAUCUUUUUUGGCCAUCUACAUUUCACAACUUUCGAUGGUGCCAGCUUCAAUUUUGGAGUACCUGGAAUGUACUACCUUCUGACAACUUACUCAACCAAAGUUCAAGUCCUGGUAGAGCCCUGCUUUGCUACUGUAGCCUGUAGAGAGAUCACUGAGGUAUCUGUUAGUAGCAGCAGUGUAACAUUGUCGAUUGGGGUAAGCCUGGCUACUACAGAGAGGCUCUUGAUUGUCCAACAGAGCUCUGGACUGUCAUGGACAAUAAAAGAGUGGACUGAAAACAGUGAAGGCACAGCAGGAGACUUAUCAUAUACUUGGUACAAACAGCACUUGGUGAAUAUAACAACAGCUGAUUCCAUUGUGAUCACUGUGGCACUUUACUCGGGUGUGGUUACAUUGAUAGUUAACACCCCUAGUGGAAUCAACAUGGAGCCGGUAGCUUUGUGUGGAACAUGGGAUGACGAUUGGAUCAACGAUGUGAAUGUUGGGGAAUACGAGCCAGGGACAGGAGAUAUUCCAGGCAAAUGGGUGUCUGUGAAUGACAGCUAUUUUGUAUCUGACGUUGCAUCGCAGAGCUACUGUGAUGAGGGUCUCAGUCUGUAUUUCCUGGUGCCUGUUGACGAUUCUGUCUUUGUGAGUGAUCAUGCUCAGAUCUUCACCGCUGCAGGGUACAUUCUCCGUUUCAGUCACAACCGUGUCUUGUUUUCCAGCUUGACCGUCAAGGACCUAGACCAGUUUACUCUCCAGUGCUGGCUGCGCAUUGGUGUUUCAUCCAAUUCAAUUCAAACAUUGAUCUUGUUUGAAUCAGAUACCUCACUGGCCAUACAGUUAGACAGGGACGUUGUGAGGGUGAACUUUGCUGGCCAUGUCAUAACAACACAGCUAACUGUCCGAGUAGGACCUUGGUUCCACCUCAGUGUUUCCUGGCGAAGCUUUGAUGGCAGAGUGACUGUGGACUUGUACGCAUCAGAUCAACAAGUCGUGGAGACUCAUGUAGUAUAUGGCAUCCACAUCACUGAAUCUGUGCGCUUGAGUGGGAACCUACAUCUUGGGCAGCACAUACAAGAUGGUGACUCUGACUUUGAAGGAGACCUAGACUUGGUGCACCUCAAGGAAUACUUCUCUCACUGGGAAGAUUUCACCAACGGUCGGGAACAGUUCACUGAAGAUCUUGUCGUUGGCAUGAUAUUCUUCAUUAGCUUGGACGAAGGGAGUGGUUUAGAGUCCUCGAUGAAGCUGGAUUUACCUGGCAACAGAAGUGUACUUAAUGGAUCUUUAGGACCUGAAGAUAGUCCACCAACAUGGCUUCCAUCUGAUGCACCAAUUAACAUCAAGCCUGAUUACUCCCCUGAUUUUCCCAAGCCAACCCUAAAGGAAGAUGCCAUUGCUGCUUGUGCCGGUUACUUCUACCAAGAUCCUCUGUACAGUUCCUGCAAGGAUUUAGAGAGCACUCUCCUGUUCUACUAUGAGGCCUGCAUCUUAGAUGUAGCAGCAAGUGGGGAUGUGUCCCGUUCCAACAUCUCGGCUUACAUGUUUGCUCUUCUCUGCCAGCAGACCCUGGAUCUCCCGCCAGAGAAAUUCUGUGGCUUCUUUGAGUUCUGCAAAGAGAGGCCUGUGGAAUCUUGCUGCCCUUGGUGGGUCAUCCUGAUCAUCGUCAUCUGUAGUCUGCUGUUGGUUCUGACCUGCUGCUUCUGCAUCUGCUGCAUCUAUAAGAAGAAAAAAUACAAGGACAAGCAAGAAAUCGAAAUGUUUGGGGGACAUAGAUACGUUCGCCCCUCAACCUCAUCCAGACCUCACUCUGCUAGUUCACACAGGCGACUUUUGAUGGAGCUAUCACAGAGAUCUCUGCGACGUGUAGAUCCUGAACCAGAUGCUGAAGGUGGUAUAACACUUCAGACUGUAAAACAUCUUGAUGAGGAAGCUCCGCCAAUUGAAUCUAAAUCUGGAUUAGAAGCUGCCGCUGCUGCUGAGACAACCUUCAGUGACCUUCCAAUAGAACAGUACGAACCAGAUGAUGGCAGAAAGCCAACUGUGCUGAGCUCCUUUGCUCCAGUUGAAGCAACCAACAAAAACCAGUCUGCAGCAACAGAAGGUUACGAUUCUCAAGGACUUGGACUUCCAGAGAAGGCUGCUGCAAUACCAAUGCAGUAUGCUGGAUAUGAAGGCUUCCAGCCAGCUAGCGGAGAUCAGUUCAAUCCCUUUGUUGACACCAUAGACCUCCUUGACAAUGAUCCUCUUGAUGUCCCACUUCCAGCCUAUCAGGCUGACCCGACAACCAAGGAAGACUUUGAUGAUGAUACAUUCAACCCGGCUGGAGUGAAAUACCCACCGCCAAGACCAGCUUCUCAAAACACCUGGCUGGAAGAUGAUCAAGAUCUUUCAACUGAUAAAGGAGAUGCCCAACUAGAAGAACCAGCUGAUCAAAAGGCAUCUGCCACUGACACUGAUUAUGAAGCCUCAAGAGACUCUCCAAUCAUGACCACCAAUCUCUUCGAAUCCCCCACAAGCAGUCGACCAGGCUCUCCUUCCCAUGUGACAGCCCCAAUGACAUUCAUGGCUUCUGCCAGUAACUGCUCAAGCUCAUCUUCCGGAAGUGAAGCAGAGGAAGAGGCACCACCCACCCAGCCCAUGAGACCAAGCUCUGCUCGCAGUGAAGACGGUGCCUUCGUCAAACCCAAACCGCGCAGAAAAGUGGAUGCACUGCGACAGUUGAUCCACAAGAGGAGUGCCAAUGUCACUCCAAGUUCAUCCACGCAGGGUUCCCCUCAAGGUUCCCGGAUGACCUCGCCAGUGCCAGUUCUUGAUCUUGAGGAACUAGAAGAGCUGGAAGAUCUUCCCCUGCCCCCAGAGAAGUAUGAAAACCCACUUCAUGACUGGAGAGGCGAGAAGGAAUCCAUCGUGUAAGUCUCUCCGAACCACCUUACAACCCCACCCCUUACAAAUGGGAUCACUUUAUGUGUAAGAUACUCUUGUUAAAUCUUAGUCAUUACUUUGCUUGUUUUAGAAAACAAUCUUAUGCUGUUAAACGUGUCAAAGCUACUUUGUUUAUAGACUCAUUUGAUCCGCCCAAUUUUUAAAUUGUACACAUCUUGCCUUUAGCAAUUGUACUGUGCACCAAAUUAAAUUUAUACCAGUCUGUUUCAUGGACCUAAAUUAAUGUUUCUCAACCAAUAUAGGAUCUUUAAAUCUGCCAAAUAUCUAAAUGGGACCACGGAUUGAUAAAACAACUCCAAGGAGACUUCUCGCAAUGCCAAAUUAUAAGUAGCGUAUAAUUCAGUAUAACUCAGCUGAAUGUUUAAUUAAUAUUUAGACUAUUUGUUUUACUCAGACUAUAUUAAAUAUUUCUUUUAUGAAAUGGAUGUACAGUGUACUAUGAUGCAUUUAAAUUGCCGUACACUCAUUUUGAUUGUGUUUUUACUAUAUAAAGAGGUAAUUUUUUUACACAGAAUCUAUUUUGUGAUAAAUAAGAUGUUGAUGCUAAAUUCAAAUAUGUUUUAUAUUAAU